CCUCGACAUGGCCGACCAAAUUCUGGUGCCUCCAUCGCCGACUCGAAUUCUAGAGGCAGUCAAUGUUGUUCAAGCACCUCCUGUUCUGCUCAAUGUGCCGGCUGCAGCGAAUGUUCCGGCUCCUGAGGGAAUGGACCAGUUGCCGCUUUAAGAGUUUCAGCUCCGGUUCCAGCGCUUCCUUAGUAGCAGCACAAGGAGGUAACGACUUUCCUGCCAACAGUUUGGCUGGAAAUGAACCAGGCAAGGUCAAUAUCUACGUUAAUAUCAGCCAUUUCACUUCGUGUUAGCUAGCCAGUCGCUCAUCUCAGUCCUGUUUUGCUAUCGUUUAGAAACGUAGCAUUUUGUUCAUGUACACGUUUUCGCUGUAGUUAACUCCUAUUCCUUCUAGUUGCGUUUCACAACACUGGUUUACUCCGUGUUUGCAUGUAUACUAAUAGCGGUUUUCAGUUGGCUGUCGUAUGUCAUUUUCUCUUGUUUUGCGUAUUCACUCAUUGGCGUGUUGGUGGCUUGUUUUUGUCUAUUACAGGUCAUUAAUCCAAUCAUAGUAUUACUGUUUUCAUGCACUUGUUUUGUGUUCGGCUAUUGUUUCUUUAGAGAUAUGUUCCUUAGUGGAUUCCUUGGUGGAGUAAGGUAAAGUCUUGAGGAAUAAUUGUAACAAUAAGGAAUGUUCUGCUUGGGGAUAAAGGUGUUUAUUAUAUCAUUCAAAAUAUUUCCCCUAUUCUGAUUGGCUAAAAACACGCGCUUAAUUCACCAUAACCAGUUACUGAUGACCAAAUUUGGAAGAAUUUUGUGUUUAGCGAAGAAAUGACGUCAACAAUGCAGCUUUUUUGCAGGUUAAUUCACCGUUAACCGAGAAGACCUGGGGACGAGGUUGAGUUGUUUUGGUUGUAGAAACAAAAAUGGCGGACAUUUCACUCGUUUCAAGAGCUAAGAACUAAUUCGGCUCUCGUAUCAUAUGAAGAAUUAUGGAGAUCUCGGAGGGGUUUAUCCGCCUCGGCCUCGACGGAUAACACCCUCCUCGAUCUCCAUAAUUCUUCAUAGGAUACUCAGCCUCAUUCAUCAAUUGUUAAUCAAGUGUCUAAAUGAUUAGAAAAAAUAGAACAAAACAAAAUAAAAAAAAUUAAAUGUUGGUGGAUUUAAAAUGACAUGCAUGGUUUCCUCGGUGGAUUUAAGAGUGAACGUGCCUUGGUGGAUUAAAAGGGAUCCUUUGGUGGGUAACAGACAAAAACAAUUACUGGUGGAUAGGAGAAUUUGGGGUAACUAAAAAAGAAAAAAAAAAGUUGAUUUCUUGGUGGAUUUAAAAUGUUAUUGUUUCCUUGGUGGAUUCAAGGGUGAAGAUGCCUUGGUGGGUAGGGGAGCUUUGGGUGAUUAAAAUAACAUUGAUUUCCUAUACGGUAUUUUUAGUUACAAUUAUUCUUUUUAUAUUCCUUAUUCAGCCGAGAGCAACUCCUAUUGGUUUGCUGCAAUCUCAGUGACCAGUAGACCUACUGUUUUCAGGGGUGUUGAAGUUGCUUCCUCAGUCCUGAUUGGGAAUCUCAUUUUAUCGACCUUAGUUUUUGGUGAAAGCCAUUCUCCUAAUAGGUACUCUUGAUUUUCUCCCAAGUGUAAAGUGCCGAAUAGAGUACCGUACCAAAAAGAGUACGACGCAUAAAUUAUGACAAAGUGCGAAGGCACGCUUAUACGCUACUACAGGUUACAGGUACUAUCAAUCAUGGUACCCACAUGGCCGCACAACCAAAACAUAACAAACUAAAACAAUUUCCGAUUUGUGCUAAUGUUGGUGUGCUUUUCAGCUCAGAAAUUUUGCUACAGGCUUGCGAGAAGCACAUACAAACUCGAUUUUCUCUUUAGCAAUUUCGGUUUUGGAGUACAUUGACGACUCCCGAUAACUCGAAUCCCCGCUAACUCGAACCUCGCGCUAACUCGAACCAAAAUCGAUUUCCCCUGGAUUUCCGUCAUACAUUCACUGUAAUUUUACCCUCGGUAACUCGAACUCCCGCUCACUCGAACCAAUUUUCGUUUCCCCUCAGGUAAUUUGUAUAGGUAAGAGCAUGAUUUGUAGGGAUAUUUGGCAUAAAUACCACGAUCGAGUGAUAUUUCGAAAUUGUUAUACGAAAUUUCACGAGCCGUUAGGCGACUGAAAUUUGCGACAAUUUUGAAAUAUCACGAGGGAUAUUUAUGCCAAAUAUCACGUGCAAAUCAUGCUAUUAUUUGUUUAUACUACUACCCACACAAGGUUUGUAAUUUUCACAUGUAGGUAUUUCAAAUUAAUAUGAAACACCACUGCUGUAAGCCAAUCAAAUUGCAGAAAUUUCUCAUGUAGUAGUAUAAUCUAUAUAAUUUUACCCUCGAUAACUCGAACAAUGUUUUGAGCCCUUAAAAAGUCGGGAAAAAGCCGUCCACUGGCGUCCGAAACAUUGAAUUUUGGAUUUCCUAUUGACGUGUUGUAGGCGCAUAGUUUACUAGUGGAGGCUGAUGUUGACUGUCACAGGCUAACGUGAAGCAACUUUACUUCUCAAAACAGUAAAACGCGUGCUCUAUUUAGGCUAUGUUUUAUUACGUUACGUUCUGAUUUAUAAUCUAGAAGUAUCUUUUAAUUUUCACUUGACAUUUCUACAAUUAAAUCAGAUUAAAUCUUCACUGUGCAGUAAAAACUGUUUUUUACCUUACUCUCGGCUAUUUUCUUGGAGCUCCCGAUAACUCGAACUUUUUUCGAUUUCCCUUGAAGGUUCGAGUUAUCGGGAGUCCACUGUAUUACACAGUCAAAAAUGUUAUGUCAUUUUUCCGCAAAAUGCGAUCUAAAGCAGAGCUACGGAUCCGAUUUCAGCCGGCUUCAUUGACUUGGCCCCGGGGGGUACUCCCGCAUAAAAGUGACGGGGGUGCUCGUCGGAAAAUUUCGAGAACACCCCCCAAGGUUGUCUUGUUUUAUAGUUCAAUAACAACUAAUUAUAUAACUGACACAAGUACGUUUUUCAGAACAAUAACACUGGGUUAUGACCUUACCGCAGGCCCCUAAAAGGUACUAAGACAACUCUGGCAGCAGUCAUUUUAGGUCUUGGCAUCCUAAGCGGUACCAAUCCACAAAUUUAGACCCCUAAAAGGUAGGACAAGCACCCCCGUCACUUUCAUUGGGGAGUACCCCCCCGGGGGGGGGGCUACUAGGUCCCUUUAUUUUCUGAUGUUAACCAUUUCUUUGAGUUAUUUGGACCAGUUUUUUUCUCCCUAUGGCAGUAAUGCCUGUUAUAUGUUAGACCAAAGCUCAAAAAUCAUUUUAAAAACGUUCAUUGCGAAUUAAGCGUUGACUGAGUGCCCCGCCCUCCCCUCCAGCCUUGAGUAGGACUUACCUUUCUCAGAAACUGUCACGUCGAUAAGAUCCGUACCUGUCUCAUUUUGGAAAUCAAAAACGCCAUUUGAGAAAUCAAACGCGACAAAUUUUCGAAAUCAAAAGUGUCAUUUGAGAAAUCAAACGUGACAAAUUUCGGAAAUCAAAAGUGUCAUUUGAGAAAUCAAACGUGACAAAUUUCGGAAAUCAAAAGUGUUAAAAUCAAAAGCAUUAUUUGAGAAAUCAAAUGACCUCAUUUUGAAAAUUAAGCAUUUACUGAAAGAAUCAAACGGGCAAAUUUUGGAAAUCAAAAAUGCAUUUGAGAAAUCAAACACGUCAAGUUCUGAAUAUCAAACAUUAGUUAGAAAAUCAAAAUGAAACACUAAAAACCUUUUUAAUCAAAGGAAAAUAUCAAAAUCAAAUAAAACAAGACAAGAAUCAAAAUAAGUUUAUUUUAUAGGUGAUACUCUUCAAACACGGCACUGUUCACCAAACUGAACAAACCAAUAUAGGCCGUUGAUUUACCAAAUUGUCUCCGACUGAAAGAUUCGCUCUGAAUCGAUUCCAAAAUCUUCUUUAUUUUGCUUGCCCUACGGGAGCUAACAAUCAAAACUCCAGUCAGCUUUCGAAUCUUUUUAUGGUGGAAAAAUUAAAGUUACUUUUUCAGCUUCGUUAAUAAAACCAGGUUUUGUUAAAUUCCAUUGGCUUAAUGCUGGUGGUUUUUUUGUUUUUAUUUAACAAAGGCACUGAACAAGGCCCACAUCAUAUAACUGAACCUAGAACAGUUUCCUCAACUCGAGACAUCCCUAGAUCGUCUCCGACUGAAAGUCUCUCGCUCUCUGUCGAAUUGAUUCAAAGUGAUAUGAUAAAAUGCCUUCGGGCUUGUUUGGGGUCAUUUUCCCUUAUUUGAUCAUUUUCUUAAACGAAAGUUUUAUCCGCUUCAGACGCUUGGGAACUAAAGCGCUGUAAAUUGGCUCAGCUAGAGUUUCAUUACCGCUUCAGUUACUUGAGAACUGGUUAGAAGCGCUGAAGCAUUACUUAAGAUAACUUACCUUUCCAAAGGAGUGAUAAUCAAAGGGUUCAAGGCAUGCAAGGAUCGACAAAAUGUCCAUCAAGAGUUUCAUUUUUAUUUUGCCAACUUUGCUUGUAUUGACAGAAGGUAAGGUCGCUGGAUUUUUCGUUUUUAACGGCAUCCAACUGAGCUCAGCUUAUUUCAAUUCUCAGGAAAUUUUAAUUUAUAUCACCACAAAUUUGAACGAUAUGUCACUCUGUAACUGGUAGGGGCUCUUGUCAGUCUUCAACCCUGGGCGGUCUGCAUUUUUGUUAGCUGUGUUGGCAAGAGGCGAAGAGAAAGAAAAAAAAACUGAUCUCAAAUCACCCCUUAUAUUGGCGCUUACUUUUAGCCUUAAUUUGUUAUUUCACUAUUCAAGUAAAAAUUACAAAUUGCUAUAUCAAUGGCAACUUCCUCGUAUCUCAGCCGCUGUCCAUUUUAGAGAUGUUCUACGCACAAAGAUGACAGGGCAUUAAAAAAUUAUAUAUUAAGUGCCAAUAACACAUGAAAAAGCCCAAUUUUCAAGACGGAUUCUAGCUGGAAUUCUAUCGAAACUUCAAGAAAAUUGUGAACCUUGGCCAACAUACUUUAAACUUUUAGUGCUGUUUGUAUAAAGACUCGGUAAACACGUCAAAAAUUCACGAUUCGGUGCAGUAGUCAUAUCUGUAGGUAAUAACUAAAGAUGAUAUACUCUGAUUUCACUUGCGUUAAUUAUUUCUUGUCAAUUUUCUAAUAAUCUCCUUCGCCUUUUUACGUCAUUUUUCGAUUAAAUUUAAAAACGAAAAUAUAACAUCGACAUGCAGAAGAUUUUGAUCAAGGUUGAUCCGAAAACGAAGACUUCGAAAACAAAGACUGGAAGAGCGUAGAAGAGUCAUAGAAGGUCCCUAACGAAAACGAAAACGAACAACGUCCUUACGAAACCAAACUCAGAUGCUAUCGGACUACCAUUAUCAGCUUUGCUUCGUUCCGAGGGUGGCGUAUUUGCAGCUUUUCGAAGAAAAUAUGACGAACGUCCUACAAAUAUCCAGGGGGAUAGGCACGCAUGGAAUUGAUUGAGCCAUUAUUAAUUAGAACGGUGAUGCUCAUAAUAUUUUGUCAUUAUUAGCGGAGAAAAUUUAUGCUCUCUCCAAGCAUUUUGUCUUUUUGACUACUAAAAUGAGUCUAAAUAGUAUAUUGAAAUCUGGAAAAACGGAAUCGAAAUUUAAAGUUCGAAUCGCAGCUCACUGUAAAUGACCUAAUAAACGUAGGGGCCUGGGGGCCGUUUCUCGAAAGUCCCGAUAAUUAACGGGCCCGGUAAGCUGUCUCCGUUUACAUUAAAGAUCGAGUUUUCAAUAGUUUUGCAUCUAACAUGAUAAAACUGUCAGUUAAUGAAACAAAAUGGAGUAGUUUGCUAGCCAGAACCCGCGCUCUUAUUCUUUAUAUUUCGAUUUGAAUAUUUGAUUUCGGACCCGUAAAGUUACCGGGACCUUCGAGAAACGGGCCUCUGGGCAUAGAAGGCGUUCAAAGGAAGGAGAUAUUAUUCUCAUUACUGUCACAAGCUCAACAAAACUGAUAUGUUUUCAUCGAAAAAUUAAGUAAGAGAAUUUUAAAAUAGCGAAUCACCCACUCCAUCAAUAUUGAAUACAUCUAGGCCGUCUAGAGAUCCAUAUCGCUCUUUCAAAUCCAAACAUCUCAUGCCAGAAUCCUCACUAAGGGUCAGGGACCGGUCAUUAUUUAUCGCCUGGGGAGAGGGGGAGGGGGGGAAUUUUGGGCGAUCACUUGAUUUUUGGGAGAACAAAAGGGGGAUCAGUCGUAACUGAGAACCCAAAAGGGAAGAUCGCUGAAAACUUUAGAAGAAUUCAGAGGGGGGACCACUCAAAUUUGCUUGGAAAAUGAAGACAUGUGGGGGGAAUCGCCAAAGUCAUCAACGGUUAUUAGGGGGGAUCACUGCAGUGAAGUAACAUUUCAAAGGAGGGAUCGGCUGAAUUUCACCUUGUUUAGCCCCAAAUCCUCCCCCCUCCCCCCAGCGAUAAAUAAUGAUCGGUCCCUUAUUGUGUUGCCAUGGUAAGUCUAUCCCGUUACUUUCAACUUGUCAUUGAACAAGAUGAAAUACGAGAGGCUUUGUUAAUCAAGAAACAAGAAACUGAAUGAAUAGAAUGAGUUUACUCGUUUUUGCUGAUUCCUAGUAUUUUGGAGAAAUUGUCAUAAAGGUCGUUUAUUAGACCAGGGGCGUCCAGCACUAUUUUAACGGCGUAGAGGGAGCGUUUAUUAGGCUUUUAUUUGAAAGCGAGCCUUUAUUAGGUCAGUUACAGUAGGCGCGUAAACAAAGUUCAGAAGUAGAUAGCCUUGUCACGUACCACAUGAACAUGUCGGUUCCAAAGUCUUCAGAGUCUUGGCGACGGCUUCAGAUGCUUGGGAACUGAAGCGUUGAGGCAUUACUUAUGAUUGCUGGAGAACAAUAAUCAAACAUUUCAAGACACUUCCUCAAAAUGUUCAGCAAGAGAUUUUUUUUAUAUUUUGCUAACGUUGCUUGUAUUUACAAGAGGUAAGGACACUGAAUCUUUUAUAACGGCAUCAGCUUUAAAAGUAUCUGUACCUGCAAGUGGAAGGCAUUCGUACGGAAUAGUCCAGUUUCGAAUUAAAAAUUACCGCUGAAUUGAACUUCAGUUUACCUCCAUGCCAUCAUUUGAAUAUACACAAUAACGUUAAACAGUCACUCGUUGGACUAACAGGGGGCUUUGUGUUCUUCAAUUCAGCAACUGAAGAUUUUGAGUUUACCUCCAUGCCAUCAUUGUGUUAAUGUUUUUUUGGAACUUUUUUUGGUGUUAAUUUGUCAUUCCACAAGCGAAAUUCUAAAAUUGCUCUGGCAACUUCCCAUCAUCUCGGUGCCAGGUGGCGCUAGAAAAAAAAAAAAAAAGUUAAGACGCUAUCGAAAAUUAAAAAGAAAAGAAAACCAAAUCGCUGUUCCCCUUCCCUUCUCCAAAUCAAAUCUAAGAGCUCCGCCAUUUGUUCCGGAAUUAAUUAAGAAAGCGAUCAUAGCAGCGACGUGAUUUUCGUGGGGUGUCUUCGAUUUCCCUACUGAAGAGCUUUAGCAUCAACGACAGUGACGGUAGCAAAAACGUGACACAAAAAGGAAAUUCGCGCUGCUUCACUUGAACAGAACUUCCUCACUCUUAUUCUAUUUCGUUCAAUUUGUCAAAUGCUGGCGAAUUUUUCUGGAAAAGAAUUCUAAAAGCCCGUUCCUAAGCUUAGAAAAAGAAAACGUAAAUCAUUUUCCCGUGUUCACGUGUCCUUCGCAAACGUGAAAUUAAGGAAGUUUUACGUUGUAGUCAUGCAACAACGGCAAAGAAAUGUACAAAAAGCGUGAUGCACGUGCAGAGUUGUUGUUUUGACAGUCUAAACCUAUUGCUUUUUUGCCGUUCUCAAUGCAAUCGCCGUAGUCGUUGCUAAAGCUCCCUACAAAGACUUCUUUCUUCGUUCUUCGUUUUUUGUUCUAAGUUGCUGUACGGUCUUCAGCGUUCUUUGGGUCUCCUUAUUUAAAAAAACAAACUAACUAACAAAAAACGCUUUUCAACAGGGUGUUUCAAAAGUUCGUUCCGCUUUUUUAUUCGCUUAACUUUCACUAAUCAUUAACAAAAACCUUUUGUAAAACUUAGUAUGUUAUUCAUUAUUCAUUUGACAUUCAAUACGUAAAAUAUUAGUGACUAGAACGUCUUCCUGUAUGUUUUCCGACAUUUUCUAAGCGGUGGGAUAUAGAAUGUACGAGUUCCCAAAGCGUGUCGAUCCAAAGUCACAUUCUUCCAGGCGAAGCGUAUAGUCACUGUCUUAGCUCGUCCAAUGUUUUUGGGGCUGGAUCUUUGUAUGUUGUCUCGUCUACGAUAAUCCAGAUGGUCUCUAGGGGUUCACAUCACAUGAGUUUGCCGGCCGGUCCUCCUUUGGUAUAAAGUUGGCAAAUCCUUCCGAUACCAUGCUUGCAUGAAGGGUGCACCGCCUUUUUCUCUGCAAGGCUUUCCAACUUUUUUUGGUAACUUAUCCCCAUACCUUUGUGCUCGAAACUUUGAUCGAUAAUGUGAAGUUGAAUUUUUUUUACCUUUCUGUUUUGUGGAAUUAUUACGCAUAUACUUACAGCUUUUUCGAUAAUAUUUCUCACACAUUUUGUGAAAAAACGGCCAUCCACUCCUUAGUUUGUCUUCUAAGCUAAGGUCUUUACUUUUGACCACUUUUUCGGUCAUCGUUCAGACUUCUUCAACAAUUUGGCGAUGUUUUUUUUUUUUCGACUGAAUGGCCAGAGGACCAUAAAAAUAGAUGCCUGAGCUCUAGCACAAACAGUGUAGGCCUUCAUUUUCAUGAAGGAGUAGAGAAAAUAAAAGAAAACGAUAAAAAUAUUAAAAUACCAAAAUAGAAAACCUACAAAAUGGGCGGGGAAAGUAUGGCGGGAAAAACCUCGUGUACGUGUACAGUUGGGGCAAAAGUUAAAAAAAAAAAAUAAGUUCUUCAAAGUUUAGUUUGAAAUUGCUUUGAACAGUUAUUUAGAUAAAUUUCUUACCUGAAUCAGUUUACAUUUGCCCAAAGAAGCAUUAAAUGCUUUGCGCAAAAUACAAUUUACAAUCGGAACGAACUUCUGAAACACCCUGUAAUAUCUGGCUGUAGAAAGAUUAUGAUAAUUAUAACAAUAAUACCACAACGUAUCCUCCAUUAAAACUUUCUAAAACCAGAGUAAAAACCUAAACCUCCCCUCCCCCACGUCGUGGAGUAUUUAUAAAUGACUUUCCCCAGGAGCCCAUAACCCUGCUUUCCCAGAAAACAACGGGGUCUAACACUAACCCUAAUCAUUGUUUUCUGGGGUGAAGGUUUUAUUGCAAACAAUUGUUUUAUUUUGAACUUAUUUCACAACGAGAUCCCGACAAUAAUUCAAGAUUAAAAAAGAAAAGAACACUAAAAAACGAAACAAAAAACAAAACAAAUAUAUAUAUAAAAAAGAUGCGACUGGUGUCAGUAAGCUCAGACUCAUUGGCCGUUUUUAUACUAAGGACAAAUUAUCCGCCCCGACGAACUUGGGCAAACAUUUUGUAGUUCGUCUAGUUAUGCUUCUCUAGUAUAAAGACGGGCACAAGACUCAUUAUGCAUCCAGACAAACUACCUUUCGUAGUGUGUCGUUCAAGACGUAUUUCGAAGGAAAGUUCGUCCAGACGCAUAAUGCUUCUUAUACCCGUCUUUAUGCUUGAGACGCAUAACCAGACGAGCUACAAAUGUUUGCCCAAGUUCGUCCAGACGGAUAAUGCGCCUUUUGUAUAAAAACGGCCAUAAGAAGCAUUAUCAGUCCACUAGUAUAAAAAACGGCCAUUUUAUUUAGUGCGUAGAGUGCACAUCUUACAGUGGAACCUCAAUUCAACGUUAAGCCAAGGGACUGGCAAUAUGUAUUCGCUAUAACGAGGUUUCUUUUACUUAUAUCGAAGUUCUUUUCCAUAUAUUUUACCAUUAGUGGGGUAAAGAAUAUAUUUCUUUGUAUCCAGAACUCCGUUUUGAUAGAGGUUUGUUAUAUCGAAGUUCCACUGUAUUUUGAAACCCUUCGGAAUGAUACGUCAUUAUUUGCAUGUGAAGAUUCAGUCAUCUGUUAGUGUGAAUGUAAUGCAGAUAUUAUUGUUUGGAAGGACAGCAAAAGGGUACGGGCAUAGUUGUAACAUUUUUUUAUUAUUAUUAUUUUAUUUUAAUUUUUUUGCAUUUUUUGGUCAAAUUUCUGAUCCUCGGGAAUGGAAAGUAGUUCAAAUUUGAUAAAAUAUCCCUUUCUGGGGAUAACAAAACCGCAGUUUGUGGCAAAAUUUGUGGUCAAAAUCCCCAGAGAGGGGACAAAGGAAGCUAGUGUUCAAAUGGCACACUUAUGCCCGUAGCCCUCCCUUUCUGUCUAAACAUUAUUAGUGAACUUACGCAACAAGACGGUAGAGGAACGGAAGACGGCAAACCUUGUGUGACAAGCGUGACAAUAAUUCUGCUUGAGACAACUUUUCCCCAAAUUUCAUUUUCCUUUAAACAGAUCUUUUUGUAAAGGACAGGAAAACAUUGGUGUUAAGUGACGAUCAUGACAAAACACACAAUUAAUCAGAGCCCUGUCACGUUUGUCACACACAAGUGUUUUGCUGUCGUCUUCUUCCUGCCGUCCUGUUGCGUGAACUCGAAUUCACACCUGAAUAUGUCUACUUAUGCGUUAUUUUUAGCAUGGCUUUUCUCGAAGAGGGUCUGUUAUCAGAAGUAUGGUUGUUUUAAAUCUCACCCAAACAUACUGGUAAAGUUGCCGCAGAGCCCAUCCCGAAUUGGAAUACGAUUCAAUCUCUUUACAAGAGCAAACAGGAAUUCAGCUAAGCUCAUUGAUGAUCACAAUAAAUAUAAGCUCACUACGUCUCAUUUCAAGAUUUCAAGGCGGACAAUUUUUGUGAUUCACGGGUUUACAGGUAAGGGCAGUAGAAACCUGAAGCACUUAGUCACAGCUUAUUAGGGGCGCUUUCCAUACAUCCCAAAAUUCCAGAAAUUUCGGUUAGAAAUCAAAUUGGACGGCCCUUUUUUGUUCGAUCCGACCGUAAUAUUUGGGACCACCUUUUUUCGGAUAAUCCUCUUUGACCGGUCUGGUCAUUUCGGUCGGUGGGACCGAAAUUUUCCUUUCCAUUUGUCAAAAUUUUUGUCCUCAGCACCGUUCUUUUGUAUCCUGUUAAGAAGAACAAUAACCAAACGCCGGGCGGGGUCGGGUCUGCAACCAGGUAGCGUGGUAUUUUCGAUAUUUCAAAUAUUAUUUUUUUUGAACGGAAAGCGCCCUAGAUUUUUCAGCUAUUGAUAGGUGUUUACCAUUAACAAACGUUUCCGUCAAACCCGCAGGGGCACCCAACGAUAGUUCAAAACCACUUAAACAUAGCAUUGUUAAACGUGUUUUAGUAUUUAAACGGUGGAUAUGGGCAUAUUUUUAUCCCCUAUAAAUUUUUCAUCUGUUCGGAUUUCCUAGCUGAAAGUCUAGUGAUCCGAAAAUUAUAGGGAUCAAAACUUACCCGUUCGAAAAUUUCAGCCAGAAAAAAGGCUCCCGAAAAUUCUAGGUGGCCUUUUUAGGGUAAAAAUCCGUUGAAAAUGGGCAAUUUUACCACUUUUUAGAUGUUCGAAAAUCCUAGGAGAGGCAGGCAAGCAAGAAAUUUUACAACAAAUGUUCCGAAAAUUCUAGAUCUCAAAUCGUCUUCCGAACAGAUAUUUUCCCAAAAAUUGUCGUUGGGUGCCCCUGAACCCGGGUGGAAAGUAAAUGGAGCACGACUUUUUGAGGCAGUCCAGCGGAAAAUUUGCGGGAGUAAUGAAACAUCUGAAGUUAAUCUUCUGUUUGAUUUUUGGUUUCAAAUUUACUAAAUGAGGGUGGAUAGGUGGGUGGAAGUGAAAAGAAGUGAAAAAUCUCUAUAAUAAUAUCAUAGGUGACGAAUUACUCCUUAAUUUUGGCGCGAAAUUUCAGCAUUAAUGUGAAAUUACAAAAUUGCCAUGGCAACCCUUCCGUACGUCUCAGUGUCAAGAUGGCGACGAAGUUUUAAAAUGCCGUGAAUGAAGAUGUCAGGGCACAAAAAGACGCUUUAGGAAACCUGAACACCAAGAGAACAUCAAGAAGGAUUCUAACAGGUAUUUUGCUGAAAAAGUCUGAAAAAUUCUGAACUUUAUAAGCCAAAUUUAAGGUCUAAACAUUUGAGAGAGUGGAGUUCUCGAUCUAUACGAUCCAGGAUAAACAUGUCAAAAAUCCAAGAUUGCUAACGUAAUUCGUCACCCAUGAUAUUAAUAGGUAACCAAAUGGUAUACUCGUGAAAUUAGGGAAUAAUUUCACUUGCGUUUUGUCCAAAUCCUAAAAAUUUCCCUCGCUUAAAGGCUUGGGAAAUUAUUAGGAUCUGGACAAAACGCGCGUGAAAUUAUUCCCUAAUUUCACUCGUCACCAUUUGAUUACACAUAAAUAUUAGUUUUUAGCUGCUAUAAUACUUCAUGAAACUAAAGACUCGGUAGGAUGGAUAGUUCAGUUUAGUCUGAGUUUUGGUGACGUCCUGUGAAAACCAGCAAUAGUUAUAAAAAAAUGUAAGCUUCAGUCUUACGCUGGCGCAGUGACUGAAUCAUAUUGUUGCACAGAAAACAUCAACACCUGGGCCACGGAAAUGAAAAAUGCGCUGCUACGACGCGAAGACUGCAAUGUGAUUUUGGUGGACUGGUCUAAAGGGGCUAAAGGACCGCUCUUGAAUUACCGCCAGGCAGCCGGAAACACACGGCUUGUGGGUGUUCAGACGGCCGAGCUUAUAAGAUUCCUGAUUUCGAGUAGCCCUGGAUCAGCCGGUUCGAUCGAUCGUUUCUACAUUGUGGGGUUCAGCCUUGGAGCUCAAACGGCAGGAUAUGCUGGAAGCUAUUUGCGGGCUCGUGGAAUGAGACUGGGUCGUAUUACUGGUAAGGGUUAACUUCAAAGCAAAUUUUACUGAACUACUUUUAUUUAUUUGUCCGUUUAUGAUGCAUAAGUGAGUUUUUAUCCAUUAACGUUGAGGCGAUCGAGUGUCUAUGGAUCAAAAGUCAGCUUCCUGUGUUACAACUACUAACCUUAACUUUUUGUGCGGAAAGAUUAAAACUGCUGCUGCUUCUGAUACUACUACUACCAACACUACCAGUAGCAUUACCACUUCCAAUACCAAUAUCAUUGCCACCACCACUACCACUACCACUACCACUACCGCUACCACUACCAUUACCGAUCAAAUUCAAAGUUAUUUUACAAACUUUAAGCAAAUACCCUACUCGGACCUAGUGAUUAAACUAAUGAAUUCCAAAAAAUAUAGCUACGUUAAUUUACGACUGAUGAACUUUUUCUCAUUUAAUUAAUUUACGUGAUAGCUUCAGAAUGAUGACACCUAAUUUUUACUAGAAAUGUAUUUUUUGCUUUUUUUGAGUCUCUAUCCUUUUGCAAUACUGUAAUUACUUAUAGUCGUGCAAAUAAAGGUUUGUUGUAGUUGUUGCUGUUGCACUACCACUACCACUACCACCACCACUACAACCACCAGUAGCACUGCCACUACCCUCUAACUCUUACCCUUUGCUUGUCUGCAUGUUAAAUACUUUUGACAGGUCUGGAUCCCGCUGGCCCUACUUUUACACUAGUGAGCUCGGACUAUCGACUUGAUGAUAGUGACGCUAGCUAUGUUGACGUGAUUCACACCAAUGCAGGACAUCUCGGAACAAGGCGAAGGGGAGGACACAUCGACUUUUACCCAAAUGGUGGCACUAUUCAGCCAGGAUGUCUAAUCAAUCGUAAGUUAAAGAAAAAUUAAUGGAAUAUAAUUUUAGCUGUUUCCGAGGCGCUCCAAGCCUCUGUUUUAACCCUAUUCAGACCGGGAUUUUUCUUUUGCUAUUUGCGACCGGAGGGAAACCUCGGAGGCCGCUCUCUAUAACUCUAAAACCGCUCAUCCUACCGCCACCAAAAUAUAUAAAAUAAUGUGCUCAUCAUUUCCAACUUAUGGGCAUAACUUGGUUGACACAUUGACAUAAUCUGACGUCAACUUUUUUUAGCGGGGAGGGCCUCAAAAGCCCCCCGGUCUGAAUAGGGUUAAGAAGGGACUGAAAACAGGGGCACUAAUUACAGUUUCUCAUGCUCUUGUGUUGCCAUGAAAACUGCACUCAAACGAUGAAAAAUAAAUAAUAGAAAGCUGCAUUGUUGCUGUAGGGGGGAAGGGCUGUUUAUUCGAGUGAGGCGCUCAGUUUCAAACAGGGGUUAUAAGUAAUCACGGUUAGGCUCAAUUAUCUGUCGCUCUUAAGAACUUGAGCCCGCGAUCCUCCCGCCCUCCCCAAACACGGUACGUCUGUACAUAUUCUAUAUACGCCACUUGCACAUCUCCCAUAUUGCACCUUAUUUGUCCCCCCCAAAAUUUUGGAUAAUCUUUGUUUGUCAUUUCUCCUGGGUAUGACAGCCUUCCCAAGAGAAAUUGAAAACAAUGCUUAUGCAAAAUGUGGGGGGGAGGGGGGAGGCAAAAAAGGUUCUUUAUGGGAAAUGUGCAAGUGGCGUAUUUAUGUAUUUUUUGAAUAUAUAUAUUUUUUUCUUUCAGUCGCGUGUAGCCACUCAAGAGCAACGCAGUAUUUCAUUGCCUCUGUGCAUGGAUCGUGUUCAUGGACUGCAUAUCCAUGCAAUAGCUACGUGUCCUUUAGACUCGGGAGAUGUCGGGCGUGCAAAGGCGCAUGUUCUAGCAUGGGUUUCGACGCUGACCGCACUAAAAAGACAGGAAAAUUCUACCUAAAAACACACAGAAACAGUCCAUUCUGUGGUAAGUUUUCCUCUCAAAAAACUUAAAAUACCCUUCUUUCCCUGCUCGGUGGCGAAUUCAGUUCGCCGGGAUAAAAACACUUUAGUUAAGAGAAAUGGGUACCACUGAAAGUGUAAAGAAUUCAGCUAAGAGAUAGAAAGCAAGAUGCGAUUGUUUUUUUUGUUGUUGUUGUUUGUUUUUGUUGUUUUAAGUAACCGUUACGGUUUACAGGGGGUGGGGGUGGGGGUGUUGGAGGGGGAAGAGGGGGUCUGGAAUCAAAGGCAGAGUUUCAGGCGAAUGAAAACCAACGUCAGUCAUUUUUUUUUUUUGGUCACUCAAGAACUACAGCAGUCUACUGGCUUUAUUUAAAUAUCAAUGUCAUCAGAUAAAACUUUAUAAUUAUUAAAUUCAGAGAGGACAGACGACAAAUUCUUGUUGCCAGAAAUAUCUAUAUGUCGUUAAUGUUCAUCAAUAUGAUGCCUAAAAUGUGUCUGUGCAAUUGUUGGUUUUCACAUGACGUCACUAAAAUUCAAACUAAAAAACUAUGGAUCCUACCGAGAUUUUACCUUCACGAUGCAUUUAAGAGCAGCUUGAAAACUAUUUUUCAUACAAAUUUUCGCUUCAAAAGGGUUCUUGCAUGGUUUUGUGAUAGAGUACGCUUGAAUUUCUAAGCUUUUGCGUGACGCGGCAUUUUAAUUUACAUGACGGUCAAGAGAGCUGUUACGUAGGAUUAAAAAAAAUGACUUAUUUCAGGAAAUUUUGCUAUCUAAACAGUUCAUGUAUUAGAAAAAGUAUUACUUUAAUGUUUAUGAGUUUCUCGAAGAAUAAAUUCACGCUUUUGUAGCAAAACUCGGUAACAGAUGUUUCUGUUCGUUUCCGUCCUCCAUGUUGGAGCUCAUCCAGGUGAGCACCAGCAUAGCAUCUCCAUACAAAUCUCUAUAAGUUUGGUAAAACUGUUCUUCGGAUAUCUCGUAUACGAAAUAUUCCUCUGACCUGAAUCUUGGUGAGGGUCUUUGUAUAUGUACCUCCUUUCAUUUCCCGGAUUCUGGACGGUUUUGAUUUUUAUUUUGAUCUAUUUUGAAUGGCGAGACACUGAAAACCAGCAAUAAGCCAUUUUACAGUUGUGUGCUCAGUGUGCUGGCCUUUGAAUAGAAGCGAGGCUGGCGGUGACCUCGUUUUGUUACAAACCUUCCUUCUUUUCACGUGCAAAUCGUGGUAUUUUCAUGCUAACAGGCUCGUGAACAUGAUCAUUUACAUAUGAAAAACAACAAGGUUUGUAACAAAACAAAGUCACCACCAUCCUCACUUCUAUUCAAAGGCCAGGGCACUGAACAGUGGCCUAUUAUUUUCGGCCAAAUUAAAUCUUAUACCAAUUGUAGAAUAUUUUAUAUAGGGGCCACCCACAUUGUCAGCACACUUAUACUGAGAAAGCGUAUGAGUGGGAAAAAAUUCUAAAGAAAAUGCGUUAAAUAACGAACUAAGACCUUAUUAGCUGUUGCUUUUCAGAGAAGACCAUCUUAAUACUCGACCCAAACCACCCAAGGGUCAUCCUCGGUGUAAAAACCUGUGGAGUUUUUCUUGGUUUUCUAUCUAUUAUUUUCCCUGGCUCCGUGAUUGUCUUGACUUCUCACUGGCUUCUUUGUAUUAAUUGUUUCACGUCACUCGUGAGGUUCACAGGUUUUUACACCGAGUAUGAGUCCAACCCAAAUGAUUCGAUCUUCGUCGAUCUUAACUAGUCAGACUCAAUUCAUUUUCGAAUCUGCACGAUGUACAGUGGUCUUCAAUGCUUACCAGUGAAAAUAAAUUACAGUAAUUGAUGCAUGAGAAGUUCGACAUUUGAAACGAACUCAAGUCACUCCACAGUCGAAAUUUCCAUGUGAGCCACUCGAUCUUAAUUCAUGGGUCGACCAAAAUUAGAUAUGUCCGACUUAAUUGAUUCAAACGUCGAUCUCGCGCCUAACAGAUCAGGAGGAUCCGAAGCAGGAUUUCAAAUUAAAGGUAUUAUAGCUAUCGGUGCACACGUAUUAUCUCUUUUAUACUACUAUAUGAGAAAUUUCUGCAAUUUGAUUGGCUAAGAGCAGUGGUAUUUCAGCUUAAUUCGAAAUACCUACAUGUGAAAAGUACUAACCUUUUGCGGGUAGUAGUAUAAACAAAUAAUAGCAUGAUUUGUACGUGAUAUUCGAUCGGCAUAAAUACCACUCGUGAUAUUUCAAAAUUGUCACAAAUUUCACACGCCUAACGGCUCUUGAAAUUACGUAUAACAAAUUCGCAAUAUCACUUGUGGUAUUUAUGCCAAAUAUCACUACAAAUCAUGCUAUUACCUAUACAAACCUUUACCUGUCGCACAAAUGAAGAAAAUAUAAUACAAAAACAACUCCGAAAAACAUCUUGCUAUAACUUAAAAUAUAAGUAUGAGCAAGAAUUGAAACGUAAACGUAAUAUUUCGGUUCUUAUUUCAAGAACGUGAAAUACAAGAUGGAAAAGCGCUGAACUUAUAAAGAGAGCCAGCCAGAAAGGUGUGACUGAAUAUGAACAAACUAACAAUUGUGACAAGAAUGUGGUGGAAAGUAUAACAAAAAUGCUGAAAUUCAAAUUAAACCUAAAGCUAAUAAACAAUACAAGCUCUUUGGCAGCUUUAAAUAAAGAUUAUCUCCUCACCGUUAAAUUAUAACAUGCUCGUUUGUUUGCCUCGUAGGGACGACGAAGUAAGAUUUAAAAGUGCGACAGAAGUUGGAUGCGAUGACUUUAAGCAAGUCUCUGCCAUUAUUAAUAAAAGCAAAUGUUAAAACUUAAAAUUCUAAUGUAGAGUUUAGAACACCUUUACCUGGAUAUUUUGCUAUUUUAAAACUUUUUUGAUACUUUUGCGGAAAACAUAUGAGUUUUAUUGAGCUUGUUACAGUUGUGAGAAUAAACGCCUCCCACUUUUAAACGCCUCCAAUCUAUUUAACGCCCUCCCUCCCGCCCCCCUGGGCCCCUAAAAUCAAAUAGACGCCCCUGGCGUUUAUAGAGCGUUUUCACUCACGUGGCUAUCAUCUAUGCCAAUCUAUUUGAACAAAAGAAAGUUUUUGCAUAAGAACAGAGAUCAACUCUCACAGGAUUAGUUUGGGACACCAACAUGGCCACCGUUUGAUUGUUUUGGGACACCAUUAUGGCCGCCGUGACGUCAUGUGAAAACACUCUAUAAGGUCAUUUACGGUAUCGGUACCAAAUGUAUUUAAUUUCGUGGGGCCUUAAAUUCAAAUUGCAGAGAAAAGAAAACAUGAUAGCAAUAACAUAUACAGUUCAAGAUUAUUAAUUUGUAAAUGUACCUUUUGCUUGGUCCAUAAAGUUUAUCUAGAAUUUUAAAAAGUUCAGACUUUUCGAAAACUGCAACGAGGUUGAAAAGGUAUAAAAUAUUUGCUACGAGAUAUUUCCGCAAAAUCGCUUAGCUAUCAUCAGAAGCUGAGAAGUGGACGCUUGAGUCGCGAAAAUAAUGCCUUUUUUAAUAUUUGCCUAUAUUGAUAUCGCGAAAAUAUGAUUCUGCGCAGGAGCCCGCGAAAUGAGUUGUAUGGCCAAACUCGCGAAAUGAAGGCCGCGGGAGUCAACUACUUAUAAUUGCCAACGAGGCAACCGAGCUAAGAACCGAUAAGAAGCGAGGUUGCCUCGGCGGUAGAAUCAUAAUCCCGCGCAAAGUAGGCAAGAACUCUCAAAUUCUGCGUAACCCUCUAAAAUUUGCAUUUUUGACCUUAUUUGGGUGUAAGUAAGACCCCAUAUUUGGGCAGUGACGUCAUGAUUUUGUAAUUACAACCCGUGGCUCGAAAUUGGGUGAUUCAGUGUGCAGCUGUUCGUUCUCAGUUCAAGAGGCCCUAACAGGUGAGCAAGCUUUAAAGCGAUUUCUAGAUUUGAAAGGGCUAUUAGUGCUCUGGUUUGCUUUGUAAAUUGCGUUUAAAGCAGCAGCUGUUCAAUGAAUAGGGUUUUACGCUCCAGUUUUCGUCAGAACCGGCUUGUUCUUCGCAGCUCGGUUUACAUUGAGGUAUGGUGUUCGCUUCUCGACUCAGAACCAGGGUUUUCACAUCAGUGUUAUCUUUUCCUUUGUAAAUUGAAUUUUAUGCGGUAGCUAAUCAAGGAAUAGAGUUGAAUUCUCAAAACGUUUAUCAGAACCAGAGUGUUCUUCUAUUUACAUUAAGCCGGUCCUCACCUUCCGUGAGAAAUGCGACGCAUUUGAGAAUCUUUUGUUUUUUGGAAGUUAUUUUUGCCUUUGGAGAGAUUUUUGCCAACCACCGGGUCCUUUUGCAGCUAGAUUUACAUUAAUUGAAGACAGCCCUAAACUCCCAUGAGGAAUGCAACGAAUUCGCGGACCUUUUGGGUCCUUUUGUUUUAAAGACCAUCAUUAUGAAUCAUUUCGCCUUUCGAGAGACUCUUUGUCCUGCGCCACUCGCUCAUUAGCUCUUUAUAUUUUACUCAAGUUUAUAUUUUUAUACCUAUGAUACAUUCCACUACUUUCUUGCACCUUUCACACAUUUUGCUUCCACCAAUUUUUUCAUAUGUAUCAGUAUCGAUCACCAUGCGAAAUAUUUUUGUUAUCCCUGAUGAUAGCGUUGAUCGGCGAAAGCUCGGAAUUUAAUUUUAAGUUUUAAAUUUAGCAGUCAAAGGCCUCACUUUGUUUGUGAUUUCACUAUCCUUUCUAGGGUUUGUUUCCAAACCGACUUUUACUGAGUUUAACUUGACAACUGUUUUCACUUUGAAACCUGCAGUCUAACCUGCUAACUCAUAGGAUUCAAAUUGUAAAAGCGGGCCAUAAUCAAAAUUGGCUGGGGACGAAGCGCUGUUAAUGAUUUCUCUUGUGAUCAUUCUCGCCGUACUUUUGCGAAAGAAAAGGAGUUUUAUUCAGCGAAUGGGGCUCAUGUCCUUACAAAUUAGGAGGAUGUGACGAAAUGUUUUUAUUCUGUCAAUCCAACAACGAAACAACAUUCACCGCCGAAAGCGCAAGACUACAUGUGGGUUUAUCCAAGACAGGAAUUCUGGUUUAAGGACCUGGCCGAAGAACUAGAAAAAUCCAAUAGGGUCGGUGGAAUUGUAAAUCGAAAGAAAUGAUCGUUGGAAUCGUUUGCCAUAUUGUAGUUCUCAUGCUCAACCAAGAGGCGAUUGUCUGGCAAUAAUUUAUAAUAUGACCAGAUUAUUUGGCAGGCUACUGUCACUACGCGUGACCUGAUUGGCUGCGGUAUUUAUCAGGACAAACUACGAGUUAGUAUAACUCUGCGUGAAUUUCCACUCUUAAAUGCCAGAAAAUCCCUUGCUUUUUGCUUGUGAAAACAGCUUGCAUUUUUAACUAGCUAAAAAACAAGACGAGGUGUUUUCAUUGUAUUUCCGGACUUUUCCGGCUUCAUCUAGUCAAAAUUGUCCAUUAAAAAGUGAAAACACAACCUUUUAACUAUAUUUUACUUUCUAACAUUUAUAGUUUUGAAUUUUCAUAAAUAUUAGUGCUAACUUGCUCCAAUUUUUCUCAACAAAGCUUCAAGGCAUGUUUUUAUUUCUUAAUAGAAGUGAAAGCCUAGCGGAUGUACCAAAGUUUUUUGCCUAAAGUUGAGUGCCAUCCUUUUCUAUAGCGAAAUCCAUAUUGUCAACCUCUAAAAUUCUGUAACAAAUCGCGCAGAUCUGGAUAGGCACAUUCCACAAAAGAUAAACGAAUUUGCCUCGUUGGCACUUGACGGAAGGUACCCUUAGUCUAAGAGCAAAGAUCAUUCAAAGGAUUUGAAUGAUAAAGAAAAUACUACAUCUUUUACCAUUACAAGCAAGGAUAACAUUGUUCAAUUAUCCCAUUGUUUGACUACGAAGACAGAGUCUGGGGUGAUCCUCGAUUUAACGAACCUCUACAUAACAAAGUCUUCGGCGUAAUGAACGAUUUUCUCUACCCCAGUAAUAGUAAAAUACAUGAAAAAGAACCUCUAUAUAACGAAACGUCGUUAUAGCGAACAUAUUUUGCCAGUUACUUGGCCCGUUUUAAUCGAGGUUCCAUACGGUAACGACACGUUUAUGAGUUGGUUUCAAGUCCUUCAAAACAAGGCAGACAAGGUUCUGCUUGAUCUAGCACCAAGAAGUACAUUAACCAAGACUCUAAUUUGACUGACGUGAAAAAAUAAAUAAAAAUAGAAUACUUUCAAAGAGAGAGCACUUUUAUUGCUGUGUCAUGAUGUAAAAAUAACUGACAUGGGGAACUGAUUCUAAAUUUAGCAUUAUAUUAGGCGCAAUAGUGAUGUUCUACAAUGUUAAUAUACAGUGACAAGUAAUCGGCUCCUGACAGUGAGAUUGAAAACACCAAAUAAUUGUUUUUUUUUAAGGCAAAUCUAAAACUUUGUAAACUUAAUGCUACCGUACUGAGUAAGGAAGCUUAGUUCCGUUUUUAAAUCAGUUUGAUAUGUACAUAUAUAUAGUAUAUUUUAUUCUCUUUUCGUAGUUUUUAAUUCUUAGGUAGGUGAUAAUCGUUAUCAAUUAUUUAAAUGCGCAUGUUGGUUCGAAAUUCUUGGCGAUGGGCUACCGAUGCCUGAGUCAUUUCUUCAAAUUAUGAUUAGGCAAAAGAACGAUAAUCAGAGACUUGAAGACACGGAUCGACAAAAUGUCCAUCAAGGGAUUCAUUAUAAUUUUGCCAACUUUGCUUGUAUUUUCAGAAGGUAACUAGGAUCACUUAGAGUUUUCGUUUAACGGCAUCAACAUGCACUUCAUCGCGAUCGCUACUUAAGCGGAAGACAUGAGGAAUUUAACUAAUACGACCAUUACCUUCAUCUCUGUCUACUAUAUAGCUCUGUAACUAACGACGGGCUAGUUCGUCUCUUCAAUCUCAGCGGCUUGUUAGCUGUGUUAAAAAGAAACGACGAUUAACAAUUGAUGACAAAUUUCUCUUUAAUUUGGGCAAGAGAUUUCAGCAUUAAACUGUAAUUUCACGAACGAAAAUUCUCCGACAACUUCCGCGAAUAUCUCAAUACCAAGAUGGCGUCCAGGUUUAAAGAUGUUAGGCAUGAAAAUGCCUACAGCUGGGGCAUAAAAAAAAAGAACGCUAUCCGAGAAACUGACCUACUAGAUAUAAGAGAGAGCAAAAAUAAAGAAAAAUGCAGAGAGUAAGAGGAAAUUAAAUGUGCCUUAGGUGAAUGCAAUGACUUCGUGAGGUCAGUUAGAGCAACUUUCAGGCUAUACGGUGAAAAAAAAUAUCAUAAAAUUGCGAACUUAAGCCAAAGUGUACUGCUUUAAACUUUUUUUGUGCGUGGAGUAGUUCAAAAAAAUAAAUUGGUCAAAGUCUCUAGACUUACGAUUGAGAGUGUUAUUUGUCAUCCAUGAUAUUUAUAAUUUACUGGCGAAAUGCUGGUAUAUUCAGAAUUAUUAGAAUUUUGACAAAAUGUGGGUGAAAUAAUCUUAUUUCACUCUUCAUUAUUUGAUUACACAUAAUAAGAGAUAAUAAUUAUGGACACGCAAAAUAUCAUAUUGAGAAGUUUCGAAAGCGAAGAUCAAGAAAACAAUCGUCCAAUUUGCGGUAAUCUGGAUUCCUGAAUCCGGUAAAUAUUUGCUUGUUGUAAAAUCCAGAGAAUUCUGGCUUUGUAAUCCAGAAGUCAGUUCCAGGAAUCCACGGUAUCCCAUUAACGAUUGGGACCUAGAAUCCAUGUUCCACUAACAAGAAUUUGGAAUCUGGUACUUGGAAUCUGGAAUUCACCACGUGGAUCCAGAUUCUAAGAAUAAAGCAGUGAAACCUUUAUUAAGCGGACACCUUCGGGACCUUCUCAAGUGUCCGCUUAACAGAGGUUGUAAAAAUUGUGCAAUGUUUGUUAACGAUCAACAUUCAAUGGUUACUCUGUACUGUGAUAAAGUUGCAUGUUGUUAAAGAAGUCAUCUAGAGUUAACGUUCAUUACCUUUCAUUACCUACUUUAAUUUGACUGUAAAUGCAAAAACAUUACCUGACUUCAUUACGUAUUUCAAGGACUUAAUCCAAUACUACUAUAAUUGUCAAUUCAGUCCGACGUCCGCUUAAUAGAGGUUUUUAACAAUAGAAAUUAGCCAAAUAAAGCUUAUUUUAGAAUCCGCGUCCGCUUAUUAGAGGUGUCCGCUGAAUAGGGGUUCGUUAUAAAGGGAAAUAUAAGACGUUCGUGUAGGGACCCGGCUUAGUCUCCGCUUAAUAGAGGGUGUCCGCUUAAUUGGAGGUCCGCUUGAUAGAGGUUUCACUGUAAUAAAAUAAUAAAACUGCUUCUUAUUCCCCUCGAAUCUGAACGAGAUAUUGGAUUCUUUUUUUAGGCUUUUUGAGAACAAAGUCGCUAUUGCAUAACGAAUUAAUCCUCUUGAAUAUCACGCUUUAAUGCGCUCAACUUCAAUCUUUGAAUAAAGUAAACGGUGAGUCAGACGCUAUAACCCCGCAGUUUCACCACUAGGGCCGGUGCUCUGGUGCUGAAACCGUAGAAGCUCAGGUGAGUUGUAUUGCUUCAGAAACGAAGACAACGAAUCUUCACCCAAAGUGAAAUCUGCGUUCGAUUCAACGACUCAAUAUCCGACAUAAUUUUGAGAACGUAGGGACGGUCGAAUGACGCCAAUGGAUAUAAAUGAAAGCACCGCAAUACACACUAUCUCUCUGCUAAUGAACGAUUAUUCCAAAAUUCCAUGCCGCACCUAUCCAAAAGGUUACGUAAAACCCCAUGAUAAAUACAUAUUAAUUCCAACAGAACUGAUGAGAGUAAUUAUAAAAGCACCAGAAAAGGAAUGGAUAACUGACUGAUUUUAAGACAAGGAUCGACAAUGUCCAUCAAGGGAUUCAUUUUUAUCUUGCCAACGUUGCUUGUAUUUACAGAAGGUAAGGUUUUCGUUUUGUAAAGAAUACCACUUCUCGGAAUGGAUAUGAAUUCUACUCGUAAACGAUAGGUCUCUACCUAUUGGAAGCUCUUGACUCUACAAACUCAGCGAAGAGACGAAGUUAAAAAAUCUGAUGAAAAAUUACUUCUUAAUUCUGGCGCGAAAUUUGUAUAGAUAAUAGUAUGAUUUGUAGUGAUAUUUGGCAUAAAUACCACGAGUGAUAAAUCGAAACUGUUAUACGUAAUUUCACGAGCCGUUAGGCGAGUGAAAUUUGAGACAAUUUUGAAAUUUCACUAGUGGUAUUUAUGCCAAAUAUCACGUACAAAUCAUGCUAUUAUUUGUUUAUACUACUACCCACAAAAGGUUUGUUAUUUUUUCAUGUAGGUAUUUCAAAUUAAGCUGAAAUAUCACUGCUCUAAGCCAAUCAGAUUGCAGAAAUUUCUCAUGUAGUAGUAUAAUAGGGUUAAUUUGUAAUUUCACAAUGUAGAGUUACAAAUUGCUAUCGCGGCAAUUUCGGCGUAUAUAAAGUACCAAGAUGGCGUCAAGGUUAAAAGCUGUUACCGCAAAUGAAGAUAUCAGGGCAUCAUUUUAUUGCUGUAUCAUGAUGCAAAAAUACUGACGAAGGGAAUUGUAGCCCAUGUGUAGCCGCAACCUCCCCCCGUUAUUCCUUUGUCGGUGGAAGGGUGGGGUUACACCUAGUCUAGGGGAAUUGAUUCUAAAUUUAGCAUUAUAUUAGGCGCAAUAGUGAUGUUCGGACAAUUGCUUAAUCAUCCCGUUGUUUGAGCUACUAUGGAGACAGCCUGGGGUGAUAAAAAUAACGACAAGCUUAUGAGAUAGCUACAAGUCCUUUAAAACAAGGCAGCCAACUUUCGUCUCUGCUUGAUCCUAGAAGUACAUCAACCGAGAAUCUGAUUCGAAUUGACCUGAAAAAAUAAAUAAUCAUAAUAGAUAAAAAUAAAAAACUCUCAAAGAGAGGGCACUUCCAUUGCUGUGUGGUGAUGCAAAAAUAUCUGACAGUGGAAAUUGGUCCUAAAUUAUCCAAACUUGCAGAAUUUGUGAAUUUAUUACAACUUCCUCACGUGCGCACCAAUCGUAGCAAGCAAACCCACCGCUUUUAUUUAUCAAGCUUAGCAACUGCCAGGGACAAUGGCAUUGACAUUAAUUGAAAUUCAAAACACCAAAUAAUUGUUUUUUUAAAGACGAAUCUAAAAACUUUGUGAACUUCAUGGAACUAAGCAACCUUAAUCAGUUCCAUUUUUAAAUCAGUUUUAUAAGUACAUUUAAUAUUUAUGUUUUUUAGUCUCUUUUCGUAAUUAUUUUUUAAUCUCUUUUUCGUUGAUAAAUGCACGUGUUGGUUCGAAAUUCGGAUUCUUGGCAAUAGGCUUCAGAUGCUUGGGAACGAAAGCUCUUUAACAAUUAUUCCUCGAACCCGAAUGGGCUCUGCCUCAAUAGCCCAUAAGGCCGAAGGCCGAGUGGGCUUUUGACUCAGAGGCCAUGUGGGUGAGAGGAACAAUUGUUUUAGUUAAAUCCAACUAGUUGGACAAAAAUAUCGAGAGUAAAAAAAAUUUAGCUAGUUAAAGCUAGACUUUGAUCCCAUUUUGCCACCAAAAAGCCUGUGCUUUUCGCUACUAGGGGGCGACAACAUAUAACCUAGUAGUAGAUCAACCAAUCACAACGCAGCAUUGAUAAUAGACCACUAGUUGGAUUUUACUAAAAGGCAUUACCUCAUACUGCAUUUAUACUGCAAUCUAAAUCUAAUCUCCCAUGCGGCAAAAUCACAGAUUUCGGUACGCGAAUCGACAAAAUGUCCAUCAAGGGACUCAUUUUAAUUUUGCCAUCUUUGCUUGCAUUUACAGAAGGUAAGGUCUCUUGAAGUUUUCGUUUCUAACGGCAUCAGUAUUUAUAAGCACUUCAUCAAGUUUGGUACUGAAGCGGAAGGCAUACGUAUGAAUUUCACGGCUUUAAGGUGUUUUGGUACUGUACAGCUUUUCAGAGGUCCUAUCGAUAUUUUUUAAUUGAUUUAAAAGUGAUUUUAUCCUUGACUGAUCACUAAAAAAAUUCACCAAUAAUCGACUCUAGAUUGAUAUUUGUCAAACUGUAGGUUUUAGUAAAAUCAAUAUUACUAUAUUAAUAAACAAAAAAACUUGGAAAUUGAUAAACGCCUAAUUUUGCGCGAUCUAGAACAGCUACUGAAAAUCCAAUAUAGGAGCUUAAAGUUUGGUGUUUGGCAAAUAAGCUCUGUAAGAAAUAAAAAAAUUCUGUAUGUUUGAAUUCGACUAAAACGAAGCUAUAUUUCAAACCUUAAAUUUUCAAUAGCCGUGAUAGAUUAUUUAAUACAAACGUUAUAAAUGACUCAAAUUAUUCUUAAGUAGCGUCAGAAUGCUACUUAAUAUCAUAUUUCGAUGACAGGAAAUUUUGGUGCAACUUCUUUCAAAAUUUGGACUUUUAGCGCUUUUUUGUAUAUCUCUGAAACGACCCAAAUUAAUGCGGAGAAUACAUGUAUCCUUGACAAGUACAUUUCAGUGUAAGUAUUGUCAAUUUCGAUAAAUUCAAACUAAAAUGUACUAGUAAUGGACGUAUGUAUAGUGCGCAUUGUUUUGGAAAAGUUAGCAUAACGUCAAAACGGUGACCGUUGUAAGGCAGAUGUUUGACGGGUUCGUAGGAUAGGUUUGUCUUGAAAUUUCAAGGUGUUGCAGUGAAUCAAUCUCGAUGAAAGUUUCAGACAUUAUUAUUCACAUUAUGAAGAUUACGUGGAGAGAUUUUAAAAAAAAUCGUUCGAGUCGUUUCAGAGAUAUACAAAAAAGCGCUAAAAGUCCAAAUUUUUAAAGAAGUUGCACUUAUACAGGUGGUGAGAAAACGGCUUAGUUUUCAAGAUCGCAACAACGAAAAUACACCAAAAUUUCGAAGCAUCAAAAUAUGAUAUUAAGCAGCAUUCUGACGCUACUUAAAGAAUAAUUUGAGUCAUUUAUAACGUUGUUAUUAAAUAAUCUAUUACGGCUGUUGAAAAUUUAAGGUUUGAAAUAUAUUUUCGUUUUAGUCGAGUUUUAACAUACAGAAUUUUUUACUUCUUACGGAGAUUGUUUGCUAAACACCAAACUUUAAGUUCCUAGUGUUGGAUUUUCAGUAGCUAGUCCAGAUCACACAAAAUGCGGCUUUUAUCAGUUUCAAAGUUUUUUGUUUAUUGUUGUCAUAGAAAUAGCGAUUUUUACUUAAAACUACAUUUUCACAAAUCUCAAUAGGCCAUUUCCGAGUUCCAAAAAAUCUCACUUUCAAAACGAUGCUGAGUGCGAAACUUUUGUUGUGAAAAUGAGUUUUAUUUACAUUAUAAUUAACAAUCAUUUCCAUAUCAAUGGCUUCGCACUUAGCCUCGCUUUGAAAGCGAGAUUUUUUGGAAUUCGGAAAUGGCCUAUUCAUAUAGCCAAUAGGCCACUUGCACGAUGGCGUCAUUUUACUACUACGACUAGAAUCCUUCAGUGUGAUGCUUUCUUGUGCAAAUUAGCUCUUUUGUUAUUUAAACCACCCUGGGAUUAUCAAAUUUAAAUAUAAAAGUAAAAACGAAAUGAAUUCUGGUCUUAGUAGUAAAAGGACAAAUAGCUUAUUACUGAUGAAAAUUUUACAGCGAUCAGACAAGGAAAAAAACACUUUUAAGGCGAUUGAAAAAUAUCGGUAUGGCCUCUGAAAAACUAUAUCGAAACACCUUAACUUCAUCAUUGUCUACGACAGGUCCGUAACUAACGCGGGACAAGUUCGUCUCCACAAACUCAGCGGCUUGUUAGCUUUAUUGAAAAAGCGAUGACAAAUUACUUUUUAAUUUUGGCUGGAAAUUUCAGCGUUAAACUGCAAUUUUACGUGUGAAAUUGCUCUGGCAACCAUUGUGAACAUCACAAUACAAAGAUAUUAUUAAUAAUAAUUAAUAUUAAAGAGAGAUAGAGCAUGCUCACGGCAAAUGGCAAACGUCACAUUCAAAUCGAGAAUUUCUCCAAAUAGAAGAUAAGCAGAUAAAAACAGUGCAAAACGAUUCUUAUGGACAAACUAACGAGAAGCUACUAUUAAUUUUGUAAUUGGGAGAAUUAAUUAACAGUAAAAGACAAGUAAAGGGUCACGUGGUACUGAUUUGACGUUGACCCUUUUCCGUAAACGUGACUCUAGAUCUCUUUUGAGCUGUUAACCCAAAUCAAAGAGCUUCGAGGUUUAUGUUUACUUUUAUUACGAAGACCUGUAUUUUCAACCUUAUUUCACAACGUGAUCACUAAAAAUAAUGACGAAUCUAACCUAUGAAUCUCUGUAUUUUGAUUGAUUGUUGUGUUAUCUUAUUUUACUUUUAUUUUUUUCAUUUUUUCUGCGGGCCACGUGUGGAUUAUCGAGAGAUAUUAAGUUUUACCCUCAAUAAACAGAGUUUUAUUAUUAACCAUUAUCAUUAUUUAUUAUUAUUGUCAUUAUUAUGAUUAUUAUUAUUAUUAUUAUUUUUAAGAAUGUUCGCGGGUGCCAGGCAGCUUCAUUUGGUAUGUCUUCUUUUGGAAGCUAUUCGGAUAGGUCAUUAUUUGUAGACUCAGUCAUCUUUUUAUGUGUAAACGGUUACGUAAGUCUUUUAGCACGGCUGUUUCCACCAAAGAAGGAAGUCUGUUAUCCAAACUAAGGUUGUUUUAAACCUCAAAAGCAUUUAAAGCAUCCGCAGAGCCCGUCCCAGGCUGGAGCAGAAUUCAAUCUCUUCACCGAAAAAAAUAUUUUUUGGUCAAAUUUCUGAUCCUCGGAAAUGGAAAAUAGUUCAAAUUUGACAAAAUAUCCCUUUCUGGGGAUAACAAAACCCCAGGCCUUGAGGCAAAAUUUGUGGUCAAAUUCUCCAGAGAGAGGACAAAAGAAGUUAGUGUUCAAAUGGCACACCUAUGCCAGGAGCCCUCCCCUCUCGUCCCGCCCCCUUUCGGUCUAAACGUAACAUUCACUAUACGUUAUUUUUAGCAUUGCUUUUCCCGAAGGAGGUCUGUUAUCAAAAGUAUGGUUGCUUUAAACCUCAUCCAAACCCUCUGGUAAAGCAACCACAGAGCCCAUCCCAGAUUGGAGUACGAUUCAAUCUCUUUACAAGAGAAAACUGGAAUUCAGCAACGCUCAUUGAUGAUGAAACUGAAUCUAAGCUCAGUGACUCUCACUUCAUUAUUUCAAGACCACUGGCAAUUUUCGUGAUCCACGGAUUUACAGGUAAGAGCGAGAGCCAGGAGACUGAGAAACAAGUCGGUCACAGCGUAAUUAUUUUUUUAGGCUAGUUAUGGUUGUAUUUUUCGCGCUAGAAAUCUCUAAACUAAUCAGAAUCUGAACAGUGCUGCUGAUUGUUCGCGCAGCGAGAAAAAAUUGCUUCAACCAGUCACAAGCACUACCCAGCUUUGGGAAGUUGCAAGUCAUUAUUAUGGAUUUCUGUAGUCAUUCACAGACGUCUUUUGAGGGGAAACCAGUGGGGUCGUCGCCAAACGAUGUCUGUUUUCUUAGGCUAUACAAUAACGUCAAAACGAAAGCGACAAAGUGAGAACAGACAGAUUUUGUGUAGACCUAGAUUUGUAAAAAGCUUUAGAACAGUAAACCGAACGAUCGGACAAAUGCCGCUCUUUACCAUUUAACUUUUCUUUAUAUUCUUCUCAAUCUUCAUGGAGCAAGGAUUAGUUCAUUUUUUGCCUCCUAACUAAGUAUAUAAGCUUUAGCCACAGACUUUCGGUGACUGACUCAUAAUUACUGCACAGAAAACAUUAACACCUGGGCCACAGAGAUGAAAAAUGCUCUGCUACGACGCGAAGACUGCAAUGUGAUUUUGGUGGACUGGUCUAAAGGGGCUAAAGGACCGAAUUACCUCCAGGCAGCCGGGAACACACGGCUUGUGGGUGCUCAGACAGCCGAGCUUAUAAGGUUCCUGAUUUCGAGUAGCCCUGGAUCAGUCGGUUCGAUCGAUCGUUUCUACAUUGUGGGGUUCAGUCUUGGAGCUCAAGCAGCGGGAUAUGCUGGAAGCUAUUUGAAGGAUCAGGGAAUGAAACUGGGUCGUAUUACUGGUAAGGACUAACCUAAAAGCAAAUUUUACCAAACUGUUUAUAUUCAUUUGCCGGUUUAUCCAAUACUAAACAGCAAGGUCAAUAUUACAGCCACUUGUCACCUACCUUAUUUUAUUUUUCCUGGGAGUUCUCUUGAUUUUUCCUAAGGCAUAACUACUAUAACAGCUGUUGCUGCUAUUACUACCUAGCCACUGCUAAGUUUUGCUACCACUGCCAUUAACAUUACCACCACCAUUAUCACUACCACUACCAUUAUCACCACCAUUAUCACUUUCACUGCCACUACCAUUACCACCACCAUUUUCACUAUCACUGCCACUACCACUAACACUGCCACUACCGCUACCACCACCAUUAUCACUAUCACUACCGCUACCAGUAUCACUUACCACUACCAAUACCACCACCAUUAUCACUACCACUACCACUGCCACUAGCACUAUAUCACUACCAUUACCAUUACCACCACCAUUAUCGCUACCACCACCAAUACCUCUAGCACUAACAUUACCACCACGAGAUUAUCACUAAUAUAUAGAUUUAGCCAGGGCUAAAAGCGAAGCUCCAAUUUUAAUAAAUUUAUAAUUUAAAUCAAACAAUAAACUUUUAAUCCACAAAUCAUUUAACUUAAGGGCACAUUCAUGUGACUUUUGCGGGAAAGGCUAAGUUAUUUUAGAGUGAAACAUCUUACAUCGAAUUGAUAACUUUAUAUGUACACCCAAAAAAUAGCAAACAUCUUCGAUCACAUUCAAGAUCACAGUAGAUUAGGCCUCGAAAACAAAUUCUUGGAAAACAAAUCACGCCAAAUUUUUUUGCGUUCGACAGGCUUACUUUACAAAUUCUUGCCAACAAAUCUGGGGGUGUUUAAACCAACCUUUUAUAAUUUUUAUACACCACUUUUGAGGUGAAACAGUACUAUUUAUCAUACAGAGCUCGGACAGAAUGCGGUAUUUCACAAUUUUUCAAGACAAAUUGCACUCAGUCAAUAUUCAGGACGAGCCAAACCGUUCAAAAAUUUCAGAAAAUUUCUAAAAUCACCCAUACGGCCAGCUGGUUCUCGUUUCUAUAGUACGAGCUGUCAGUGUGGUCGAGUGUUUGAAUGAACUUUAACAGAGUUACGCUUCAACAUAAUAGCGAAUUUAUUAUUAUUUGUUUUGUUAUUUAAUGGUUUCAGUUAUAACGAUGUGUAAUCUUAUAAAGCGUUUGAUACGCGCGACAUUUUUGAGUACUCCUGCAAGCGAUGGUCAUGAACGAUGAAAACAAACGGCACGGACAAGCGAUUAAAAUUGCAAGAGAGACUACUAACAAUCAAAAAAAGAGAUAUAAUUCCGUGAAACAUUUACAGAGACAACAAUUUUCAUUCACGAAGACAAGUAUUAAAGUGUCUCUAAAAAUCCUGAGUCUUUAAGCGUAAAGCUUAAGUUUAUGUUUUAGCCGGUUUCCCGGCGCGGUGUUUACUGUUUUUGAACUCGAAGCAAGAAAAUCGCUCAAAGUUUUCUUUCUACAGCCAAAUUUAUAACUAAAUAUUCUUCGGAACGUUUUCUUUCUAUUUGUGGUGAGCAAAUAUAUCUCAAGGCUUUUUAAAGUUCUGUAAGCUUAUAUCAAACCUGAUACUAGGUCAGAUCAUUGACUCAAAUCCUGCAAACGUGCAUAAACUUGCCGCAUAAACUGUCAGCGUGAACUGUGCAAGACUUCAUGAAACACAAACAUCAAAUACAAUAAUUACUUAGGCUUACCAUUCGAGAUUCAGUUCCUGGAAGCUAGCAAGGGAGGCCACAGUUGCUUGAGACUUUUAAACCCUCUUACGCGUAAAAGCAAGGUGAAAAACGAAAACGAUGCCCUCCAAAAUCGAAUUACCGAAUUUUGACAAGCGACGCAUUUCUCAACCAAAACCCAGUAAACAAACCAGCCAUGAAUAACAGAAGACUCUUGAUAGCAGCUGUAUUUCAUUUUGUACCUCCAGAGGAAAAAGACAGUUAAAAACAUCACAAGUUGACACAAAACUCUGUCAGCUUCAGCUGUCAAAGUAAACUACUUUCAAGAUGCUGAAUAAUUUUUCCGCAUAAACUCACCUGUCAAAUUUUGACCAAUCAGAGUAUAAAAAUUAGACGUAGAGCGUGACCAACGCGUGACCAUGGUAAGAUAAGGUCUUCCCCGCCUGUACUUUUAAAAAAACUUGAUGAAUUUUCGCUUCCGAGGUCAGUUUGAAAUCAAAAUCCCAAUAGUGCGGGGCCAUAGUGACAUAAACACAACAUAUUUGAUAUGAAUCCUUGGAAAAAAUAAACUUGAGCCUGCGAUCAUUUGAAACUGGUAUUUUGUCAGCGGAUAACUUUAAAAAAAUACUCGACCUCGAUGGGUCGACACUUGAGCCCGCGGUACGGUCAGGUGAUACUGGUCAGCGGAUGCCCUGUUUUGAUAGCUGUCAAUUGAUCACAACAUUGAUGUGCAGCCUGUGCAAUUAGUUUUCUCUUGGGCUCCCAAACUAGCUAAAAGUGUGAGAAUAAACAUUGGUUUUCCUGUGGUGCGGACGGACGGCGGGCGGUCGGUCGCUGUACGGUCACGUGAUUACCAAAUUUUCUGGGAUGGGUAGAUUUACUUAGCAAUGGGGCUCCGCCCACGCGCGCGCUUCGCGCGCGCGUGGAGCUCCGCUAUCACUGCCACUACCACUAACGCUAUCAUUACCACGAUUAUUACCACUUCCACUGCCACUACCACUACCAUUAGCACCACCAUUACUACCACCACUACUACACUACCACCAGCAUUACCGUCACCACUACCACUUUCACAACCGACUACCACUACCAUUACCAACACCAUUACCACUAUCACAGCCACUAUGACUAUCAUAACCACCACUAUUUUUAGUACCACCACCGCUACCACUGCGUUCACCAUUACUACUUCCACUAUCAGUUCCACAACUUUGCUUCUGUUGUUAUCUACUUGACUGUUAUAUUAUUCUUUUCUGGUGGGAUGAAAGGCUUGGAUCCUGCCGGUCCUAAGUUUACAAACGCGGAAAAAGACUUUCGACUUGAUGAAAGUGACGCCAGCUAUGUCGACGUGAUUCACACCAAUGCAGGAGUUUUGGGAACAAGCCAGAGAGUUGGAGACAUCGACUUUUAUCCAAAUGGUGGUAAACAUCAGCCCGGAUGUCUAGUCAAUGGUAGGUUAGAAAAGAGAAUUUUCAAAAUUUUACAUGAGUUGUUUCCGAGGUGCUCCAAUUAUUUAAGCUUUUAUUUUGAAGCGACACUUUAAAUGGCACUUUCUUGUCAUGCAAAUCAAUCGCAUUUAUUUCACAAGAAAGUUUUUGCUUCUGCAUUUCCUUGAAUAACGAGGGGUUAUUGAACUCGCAAAUGGCGUAUGCUGUAUAAGAGAUUAAUUAAAAUCUUAUGUGAAAUCUAUGCUUCUUUGAUUUUGCCGGUUUUUCCUCCUUAAACCAUCCUUUAUACUCGAAAAAGCACCGCGCGGGCGCUCAUUGAAUUUUUUUGGCUUCUCGGCUUCUUGGGGGUAGCUGUCACAUAAAUCUCACAUUUUGGAAAUACCACUACUGUCCUCGUUUCCUUAGAAAAAUUUUUGAAAUUUUAUUUUAUCCUUUGCUCUUCUUAAGAAAGAUGUGAACCGCAAAAGAAAUCUCAACUCAUGUAUACUUCUUCUUAAAAAAGACACAAUAAGCACUUUGCAUCAUUUUAGCCACAAGAUUUAGUUUUAUUGUUGAAAGAAGGUGAAAAACAUUUAUUUUCACCCUAAAUUGGGUUGAUCACCUGCUACUUAUGACGUCAUAGCUCGUAACCAUAGCAACUGACCAUCACUAAACUUGUCUUAAAAUGUGCGCGAGGGAUAAAUAAACAGCUACUAAAAACGUCAACUACUGAUGUUUUAUCCUCUAGGAAAAAACUCAGAAAAACCUUGUGCCCUCCCCCCCUUAGACGUCCGAGGGCUAAUAGACAAGUCAAUUAGCUUGUUAGUUAGUUAGUUACUUAGUUAGUUGGUAAGACUCUUAGAUGGAUAGUUACUUACUUACUUACUUACGUUCUCAAAAAAUAAAAGUGGCAAAAACAGUGAAAAUAAAAAAAAGCGCCGCACUGUUGCUGGGAAGGUGAGGUUUUUAUUUGAGGGAGGUGCUCUUUCGAGUAAUCACAGUUUUUUUCUUAUUUUCUUUUCAAUUCUUUCAGUCGUAUGUAGCCACAUAAGAGCGACGCAGUACUUCAUUGCCUCCGUGAAGGGAUCGUGUUCAUGGACCGCAUAUCCGUGCGACGACUACCAGUCCUUCAAGCAAAAGAAAUGUCCAGCGUCGGCGUGUAAUGGUGCAUGUCCUAGCAUGGGUUUCGAAGCUGACAGCCCUAAAGGCGAAGGAAAGUUCUACCUAAGUACAGACGAAAACGAUCCAUUCUGCGGUAAGUUUUUUCCCCCCAAAAAAUAAAUUGAGCUCGUCAUAGCACGACAGUGGCACUAAAUGGCUGCUAUACUGUGACAAUAGACGGAUCGAAACAGCUCGAGACGCACUAAUGACAUUUAAUAAUGUCUUCAUAGCUAAUAACCUCACGCGGCUUAACUGACAGGCGACCAAUAACAUCGCGAAUUAAUUGACUGAUCAGGUAAAAUACCGGAGUUUAACGCCAUCAACUGACGUUAUACAACUCACUAUGACUCUGAGGAUGACUACCGCACAGGUUGUCAAAACGUCAGUCGUCAAUGUCCUCAACAGUCCUGUUCAGGACUACACUCACCCGGACGAUCAUAUUCUAUCUACUUAUGAAAUGACUCCUGAUUUCAAACCUUUCAAAAGCAGUUCAAUGUCAUUAGUAGACUGCGCUGCUUGCAUUUAGAAAAGGGAAAGGGAUUGAGUAUAGUUGGUGGGCGCGGGUAAAACACGGGAAACGUGCAGCAAAAGGAAGACUCCUGUCGCUGCCCUCCUUUCCACGCUACACUCUUUUCAUGGAGUGAAAUUCCCCCUUUUCUUCCACCCCGGAAGGGGGGGGUAUUCAAUUUGAAUUUUCUCAACUACUCUAACCAAUAAAUGACUUUUUAAAACAAGACGGCGUUCAUUUUGUUGUUUGACGUGAACAGGAUAAUAAAAUUGAGGUUGUUGUCCUAAGCAAGGUAUGUACUUUAGGGUUUUUUGUCCUAAACAGUGUUAGGGUUUCAAACCCUUAGUCGCUCAUCUCUACCCAAAUAUUGGUCAAGUGCCCCCCUUUCCCUGUUCUUCCAAGUUUUAUUUUGGAACCUCCAAUGCAGGAGUCCAAAAUGGUUGCUAUAUCCACACGUAUUAUAUAUCCCCUAACCAAUGACCGACAGAUAACAUGAUCGUUUCUUUGAUUUGUAGGGCAGACGCAGUGAGAACAAUUGUCACAAAAGUGUGAGAUAAGUUGGAUGCAAUGAUUACAAGUCUCUGUUAUUAAUAAAGUAAAUGUUAAGAAAUUACAAUGCAGUGUACUUGGUUUUGUAAUUUACUUCCCCUAAAUUGCAAUUUGCUAUCAUGUAGAGCGCCUACAUUUCCGUAAGUGCAUGUCCGUUGAAGGUUUCAAAAGAGUCCAUUGUCCGUCUCAGAGGUGUCCGUGUUAUAGACAGUAUGGUUUCAGUAAAAUGACUGAAAAACGGCAGAGACCAACACUGGAUGUCCGUCCUUAAGAACUGUCGACCCUUAAGGGGGAGUUGACUGUCUUUCCCCUGGGAGAUCACAGGUUGUCGACACCUUUUGGAGCGAAAAUAAGCCCCUCAAUGUAUAAGCCACUCCAAAUAUAAGCUCACCAAACUCGUAACGCAGAAAACCGGCUCCGCUAAAUCGCCCCUCCAAAUAUAAGCCCCCCGGGGGCUUGUACUUGGAAAUUGCCCUCAAAUACAAAGUAAAACAAAGCAAAAACGGUAAAUUUCCUUCCAACUAUAAAGCUAGCCCAAUCGAUUUUGAAACGCAAAUUUCCCUCCAUAGAUAAGCCCCUCCAAAAAUAAGCCCCUCAAAAAGGGCCUUUAAAAAUAUAAGCCCCGGGGCUUAUUUUCGGACUUUUUCGUUAGUUACCAUAAACACUGACCACGUAAAUCGGUAUAGACAAUUCUGUUCAAAUAUAUAAGUACGGCAUCUAAGCCUUAAACCACAGUUAUCUAACGAAUACCUAAAUACAGUUGAAUACAGUAUAUAUACAUCCACAAACAACGUAAAAUGCUUGACUUCUACACAUUGCAUUACAGCAACUGUUCGGUGGAGUUUAUAGUAAAAGCAAAGAAAGAUAAAGUCUAUGAAAUCAAAACAAAAGCAAAAAUUAAGAGCAAGAAAAAAGUUUAACACAAAAGCUCCGGAUUGACUGUACUCAAUUCGUAAUUUGUUUACUGUAAAGCAUCUAAGCUCAAACUUGCAGACAAUUUGCUUGUAUCUUCGACAAGACCAGAAACACUUAGUGUUUGGAAAAAAUUGUCGUAGUGUUUCAGAUGUUUUAGCGUUUAUGCGUUUCGGUAGUGAGGCGAUUCUCUAAGCGCUUUAACUAAGAAAGUAUAUCACUUGUUCGUUUCUUGAUAAUGUUCAUCGAAAAAUUGGCUCGUAAAUACCUCUUAACUUAGUCAUGAACCAACUGGUUCCUGAAUUUAUGAAUGAAUGGUACAAAAGAAUUAAAGUAAUUUUAUUUUUAAUUUGACAGAUUGCAUACUAUUGAACUUGGCGUUUAUUCGAUAUGUAGUCUUAAAGGCUUGCUGUUGACCUUACCGUAACGAUUCGAUUUACCGCUUUCCUUCCAAUAAGCGUCCCCCCUCCCCCUUUCGAAGGUGUUUUUGUUAAUAGCCCCCAUUCCAAUAAGCGUCCCCAUUCUAAUAUUUGGGAGCUUUAGUAUUUACGACGGCGACGGCAGCAAAAAUGUCACUUUUAAAACGAAUUCGCGCUUUUUCAAACUUUGUCGCGCACAUUCCAAUUACCAAUGUCAAAUGUAGGAGAAUUUCCCUGGAGUUAAUUUCUUGGGGACCACACUCAAGUUUUGAAAGAGAAAGAAAUUAGGGAUUUUCACGCCGUAGUCGUGCAGUGACCGCAGAGAAAUGUACAAAAAAGCGUGAUGCACGUGGGUGCAAAGUUGUUGUUUUGCUAAUCAAACCUUUUGCUUUUGUGACGUUCUCGCUAUAGGUGUGGUUUUCAUGCAAUCUCGGGAGACACAAAUAACAAUGCUGAAAUGAACAAAUGCUGGUGGACAGACAAAACGAACUAACACCACAUUACAAAAACAGUGGUCUUCGUCUAAGUUUCUCCAGUUAACUGAACGUUCACCGUAUAUAUUUGUUACUGUUACAGUUUCUGUUAUUGUCCCUUUUAAAAUAAAUAUUAAAGUUUUGUUUUGAACGUUUGGUUAUUUCUCAAAAACAAAAGCGCCCUGUCUUGAAUAAUCGCCCUCCCUUGAGGUACCAAAAGUUAAUAAGCGUUCCGGACACUAAAUCGAAUCAUUACGGUAUAUGAUUGAAAGGCCGGGAGUUUUAUUCACUGCCGCUAUAAUCCGCAGGUUAUAAAACUCUGUACAUUUAACAUUUGCGAUGUUAGAGAACACUGUCUUUCGAUCACCUGGUCGUAUAAACAUGAUUCACUCCUUGUUAAAAAUAAACUAUGGUUUAAUGCAGUGGAAUCUUUUAUGAAGUUAGUAAAGAGCUCUAUCGCUUGCAGGAAGUUUAAAACAAACGCAAUGAAUGCAAAAAUAUCUGCGGUAAGCAGUUUAGCAGAUAUUUGUUUUCUGCACGUUCUUAUAUGGUUAAUUACGUGUGUUAUCUUGUCUGUUUGUGUUUCGGUAUUUUUGGUGUUAAGUACUUUGCAUACAGUUAUAUAAGUGUCUUGUUCAUUCGUAUUCGUCCUUCGGGUCUGUGAACGCCUUCUAACAACCCACAGUCUGAUUUCAUCGCUCACUUAAUGAGCAAGAAGCAAGGAUCUUCAGUUACGUCCGUUAACGUUAGCGAUGCAACAGUCGUUGCGUUCCAUUUAUGAGGCUAUUAGGGCUUAAUUCUGUUGCGGAGUUUAUCGGUUCGUUAGCGGAUAACCUUACGCAGGUUAUCAAAGAUCGCCUAAGUGGCUUUACAAAGCGAUUUUCGGUGAAAAUUGCGAAAAUAACGCGACAGUCGAGUAAGCCGUUAACACUGUUAAUGAGGCCCGCAGCGAAGUUUUAGUUGUGAAAGAGAAGGGAAUCAGCAGAAGCUCGGAAUCACGCCCUGCAUUAGUGCUUGGCAACUUUGAGGAAUUGACGCGUUUAAGUCCAAAUUCUACCGCCAAGUUAAGUCGCUCCUGGGAGCAGGUACUGGUUGGUUUCUGCGCGUACAAAGGUUUUUAAAUGGCCGAUAAAGUGACUUUAGCUGGUCUACUGUGAAUGGAUACCUUUCCGGCGAGCUUGCAUCGAGUUUUGAGGACGACAGGAAGACUGAUGUAUAGGACAGAUAGAAGAGCAGAAAACAAAUCCAAGGCAGGCGUCGCCGUUUACGCCCCGUCGAUCGAAAGGUCUAGCCUUCUUCCACUUCCACCGCUUUUUCCUUUCAAUUUGGAUCUUCAGCGACUGCUCAGCCUAAUCGAUGGGUUUUUAACUCUUCGCAUCGUUUAAGAUAAGUAUUUCUCUUUGCUUUACGUCACACUUCAGACUUGCUUUGUUUUUUCUUUCGGCGGACAUAUGGCGUUGCACCCUGGCCAUAUCCAAUAUUCUCCAUGGUUUGUUGCCUAUGUUGUUUCUUGUUUUUCAAUUAACUUCUGGAAAGUGCAGAAUUAAUAUUUAUCUUUUUAAGCCUUUUUUCGUGAUUAUUUUUAAAUCUCUUUUUCGUUGUUAAAUGCACAUGUUGGUUCGAUAUUCGAAUUUUUGGCAAUAGGCUUCAGAUGCUUGGGAACGAAAGCUCUAAGGCAUUACCUCAAACAGCAAUUAAGCAAAAGAACAAAAUAAAUCUAAAUCUAAAUCUAAUCUCCCACGCGGGAUAAUCACAGAUUUCGCGACGCGAAUCGACCAAAUGUCCAUCAAGGGGUUCAUUUUAAUUUUGCCAUCUUUGCUUGCAUUUACAGAAGGUAAGGUCUCUUUAAGCAGUUUAAGUUUUCGUUUCUCACGGCAUCAGUAUUUAUAAGCACUUCAUCACGUUUGGUACUGAAGCGGAAGGCAUACGAAUGAAUUUCACGGCCUUAAGGUGUUUCGGUACAGUUUUUCAGAGGCCACACCGAUAUUUUUCAAUCGCUUCAAAAGUGAUUUUAUCCUUAACUGAUCUCUAUUAAAAAAUUCACCAAUAAUUGGCUCUAGAUUGAUAUUUGUCAAACUGUAGGUUUUAGUAAAAUCCGUUUCUACGUUAAUAAACACAAAAACUUGGAAACUGAUAAACGCCUAAUUUUGCGCGAUCUAGACCAGCCGACUGAAAAUCCGACACUAGGAACUUAUAGUUUGGUGUUUAGCAAAUAACCUCCGUAAGAAGUAAAAAAUUCUGCAUGUUUGAAUUCGACUAAAAUGACAAUAUAUUUCAAACCUUAAAUUUUCAAUAGCCGUGAUAGAUUAUUUAAUAAAACCGUUAUAAAUGACUGAAAUUAUUCUUAAGUAGCGUUAAUAUCAUUUUUCGAUGAUAGGAAAUUUUGGUUUAUUUUCCUUGCUUCUUGCAAUUCCGGUCGUAAAAACUAACCCGUUUUCUCACCACUUGUCAAAGUGCAACCUCCUUCAAAAUUUGCACUUUUAGUGCUUUUUGUACAUCAUUCUCUGAAACGACUGGAACGAUAUUUUUAAAUCUCUUCAUGACACUUUCAUUAAGAUUAAUUCACGGCAACACCUUGAAAUUUCAAGACACACCUAUUCUACGAACAGGUCAAAAAUCAGCGCUACAACAUUCACUGUUUUGACGUUAUGCUAAUUUUUCCAAAUUAAUGCAGACCAUACAUAUAUCCAUGACAAUUUCAGUGUAAGUAUUCAGUCAAUCUUUUACAUUCAAAAGAUACGAUAAAUUCAAACUAAAAUGUACUAGUCAUGGAGGUAUGUAUAGUGCACAUUAUUUUGGAAACAUUAGCAUAACGUCAAAACGGUGAAUGUUGUAAGGCAGAUGUUUGACAGGUUCGUAGGAUAGGUUUGUCUUGAAAUUUCAAGGUGUUUCAUUGAAUCAAUCUCGAUGAAAGUUUCAGACAUUAUUAUUUACAUUAUGAAGAUAAAGUGGAGAGAUUUUGAAAAAAUUCGUUCGGGUCGUUUCAGAGAUAUACAAAAAGGCGCUAAAAGUCCAAAUUUUUAAAGAAGUUGCACUUAUACAGGUAGUGGGCGCAGGCGUUUUCUUCCGGCGCGCGAAUGUUUUGCUCGCGAAAGCGCAUGAUGAAACUCGAAAAGAGGGGAGAAAAUAGUGCGAGCCAAAAGGAGCGGGGUAGGGGGCGGGGAGAGAGAAGAGAAAACGCCUGCCCAAAAACACUGUGAAAAUGAGAAACACCCCCGAAUUAGUCGCGCUUGACCGCUGUUCCGGAAAUGAGUAGCCGACCAAUCAACACCGAAGAACUAUUGCACCGGAAGCUCCCUUCACUUCUGAUAAAAUAAAAAUAAACACAUCUGUAGUGUACUUUAUGCAAGCUGCUAGUUGUUUAUGGGAAGAAGAGUAUCAGGGUGAGUAUUGUCGUCUGAUUCGAGUCUCAGUGAUUAUUGUAGGUUAUGUACGAUUUCGUUUAAAGUUAAAUUUGGAAGCAAUCUUGGAAAGCAAGGCCAUUCUCCUUCAGAAAAUCUGUUCAGGCCAUCAAAACGAAAGGAUUGCUUUGAGGUUGUGUCAGCCGAAAUUUGUAAAGAAGUUGGAUUGCCUUUUUUUUUUUUUUUUCAUUUCAUGCAAUAUUCUUAUCGGGUCUGUAACCCAUGUUGCCGGAAAAUUCGUAACUUGGGCCAGUUUUACCAGUUCAUUAAAACUGCAAAUACAUCCACAGCACGAACCCCGGUUAAGAGCAGCAAACAUACUCUUGACACGUCGGACAAAGCCAGCCCAGCAUGGAGAAAAUUAAAAUCCGUUCGUGUCAAUUCGCGGACAGCAAAGUCGCCCUCGAUCGAAGGUUCCACGUUGGCCACUAAAGUCAAAUCAAGAAAGUCUCUCUCCUUUUCUCUUUUGGAGAAGAUUAAAAACCUAAAAGCCUUAUUUAGCCUUAUUUUGACCUCAAAAGAGGUCUAAGAAAAUGCUUUUGCAAACAAAACUAACGAGCUGGGCCCAGCGUGAUACAAUAUCAGGAAAACAUCACAUUCACCGACUAGAAGAAAAUCGCUUAGUUAUUCAGAUCCAGCCAACAAUUGAACUAGGUGUCCGUAUUAAGCGGUUGUCCUUAAAGCAGGGUUUGGCUGUAUUGAGAAUUAAAGUAAUCAUAUAAUAAAAUUAAAUUAUAAUUAUAUAAAAUUAUUUUAUUAUAAUUAUUAUAAUUAAUUAUAAUUUUAUGAGAAAAGUGAUAAAAUGAUGAAAAAGAAAAGUGUUCUUAAGCAAACGAAACCCCAAGGAUUUUUUUUUUCUUUUAAUAUUUCCUUCAGGUUGUGAAAAUGAACAACAAACAAAUAGUUCAAUCGACAUUCUCCGUUGAUAACUAAGUUUAUGAUCCUUGGAUAAUUAAGGCCCGUCGUCACAUACCUGUUUUUGACGGUAACAGUAAAUGCGCAUGCUCCCGUCAAAGAUGCUACCUUUUUCACUCACUAUUGCGUUUUCGUGUGGAAGCGAAUUCCUUUGAAAGAGAAGAAAAAACGUAACAAAAGGGAUACGCGCAAGACGAGGCCCAAAGCAAGGGCCGACCACUGAUUCAUACUAUUCAGACAGGACUUUAAUUAUUUUCGCGGAAGCCUCCCCGGUAUGAAUAGGGUUAAAGUCCUUCGCAAUUUGGCCUAAAUGAUUUGGGAAAUGAUUACUUUUGAAAUAGACAGAUAAGAUCAGGUAAUGGAAGUGAGACAAAAGAAUUACGAAGAUAUGAUUACAGUUCGAAAAGUUAACUUAUAGUCACGAGAAAUGUACAAUGUGCCCUGGCAAUAUCAGCUAGCGAACUAUAUGACCACUAUUUUUCGAUCCACUUUCCACUUUAGGGCUCUCGUAAUAACAUGUCUUUAAUUGACUAUUUUCCAAUUGCCCAUAAUACACUCUGUUUGCCCCCAAAAUUUUGCAUAACUUAUUGUCUUAAAAUGCUCUUGGGAAAAUGCAAUACUCCCGGGAGCAUUUCAAAACAAUGGUUUAUGCAGAAUUUGGGGGGCAAACAGAGUGUAUUAUGGGCAAUUGGAAAAUAGAGAAUUAACUUGAAACUUUGCGCUUUGUGCUCUUUUCUGCUGUGCUGCUGUCACUGGUUUAAUCCUUCUUUAGAUUGGGAUAAUGAAAACGAAAAUGAUCGUCGUGGAAUUGGUCUUGACAGCUAGCAUAUACGACCUUUCUGCGUUUUUAUUGACCGAGACAAAGUGGAGGUUAAAAAUAACGCAUGCAGAAAAUAAGGAGGCCAAUAUACAGCCAUUUUUACCAAACAAGCUUGGUCAAUAAAAACCUAAAAGCCUUAUUUAGCCUUAUUUUGACCUCAAAAGAGGUCUAAGAAAAUGCUUUUGCAAACACAACUAACGAGCUGGGCCCAGCGUGAUACAAUAUCAGGAAAACAUCACAUUCACCGAUUAGAAGAAAAUCGCUUAGUUAUUCAGAUCCAGCCAACAAUUGAACUAGAACUUCAGAUGCUUGGGAACGAAAGCUCUAAGGCAUUACUUCAUACAGCAAUUAAGCAAAAGAACAAAAAAAAUCUUAAUCUAAAUCUAAUCUCCCACGCGGGAUAAUCCCAGAUUUCGCUACGCGAAUCGACAAAAUGUCCAUCAAGGGGUUCAUUUUAAUUUUGCCAUCUUUGCUUGCAUUUACAGAAGGUAAGGUCUCUUUAAGCAGUUUAAGUUUUCGUUUCUCACGGCAUCAGUAUUUAUAAGCACUUCAUCACGUUUGGUACUGAAGCGGAAGGCAUACGAAUGAAUUUCACGGCCUUAAGGUGUUUCGGUACAGUUUUUCAGAGGCCACACCGAUAUUUUUCAAUCGCUUUAAAAGUGAUUUUAUCCUUGACUGAUCGCUAAAAAAAAUUCACCAAUAAUUGGCUCUAUAUUGAUAUUUGUCAAGCUGUAGGUUUUAGUAAAAUCCGUUUCUACGUUAAUAAACACAAAAACUUGGAAACUGAUAAACGCCUAAUUUUGCGCGAUCUAGACCAGCCGACUGAAAAUCCGACACCAGGAACUUAAAGUUUGGUGUUUAGCAAAUAACCUCCGUAAGAAGUAAAAAAUUCUGCAUGUUUGAAUUCGACUAAAACGACAAUAUAUUUCAAACCUUAAAUUUUCAAUAGCCGUGAUAGAUUAUUUAAUAAAACCGUUAUAAAUGACUCAAAUUAUUCUUAAGUAGCGUCAAUAUCAUUUUUCGAUGAUAGGAAAUUUUGGUUUAUUUUCCUUGGUUCUUGCAAUUCCGAUCGUAAAAACUAACCCGUUUUCUCACCACCUGUCAAAGUGCAACCUCCGUCAAAAUUUGCACUUUUAGCGCUUUUUUGUAUAUCAUUCUCUGAAACGACUCGAACGAUAUUUUUAAAUCUCUUCAUGACACUUUCAUUAAGAUUAAUUCACGGCAACACCUUGAAAUUUCAAGACACACCUAUUCUACGAACAGGUCAAAAAUCAGCGCUACAACAUUCACUGUUUUGACGUUAUGCUAAUUUUUCCAAAUUAAUGCAGACAAUACAUAUAUCCAUGACACUUUCAGUGUAAGUAUUCAGUCAAUCUUUUACAUUCAAAAGAUGCGAUAAAUUCAAACUAAAAUGUACUAGUCAUGGAGGUAUGUAUAGUGCAGAUUAUUUUGGAAAAAUUAGCAUAACGUCAAAACGGUGAAUGUUGUAAGACAGAUGUUUGACAGGUUCGUAGGAUAGGUUUGUCUUGAAAUUUCAAGGUGUUUCAUUGAAUCAAUCUCGAUGAAAGUUUGAGACAUUAUUAUUUACAUUAUGAAGAUAAAGUGGAGAGAUUUUGAAAAAAUUCGUUCGGGUCGUUUCAGAGAUAUACAAAAAGGCGCUAAAAGUCCAAAUUUUUAAAGAAGUUGCACUUAUACAGGUAGUGGGCGCAGGUGUUUUCUUCCGGCGCGCGAACGUUUUGCUCGCGAAAGCGCAUGAUGAAACUCGAAAAGAGGGGAGAAAAUAGUGCGAGCCAAAAGGAGCGGGGUAGGGGGGGGAGAGAGAGAGAAACCGCCUGCCCAAAAACACUGUGAAAAUGAGAAACACCCCCGAAUUAGUCGCGCUUGACCGCUGUUCCGGAAAUGAGUAGCCGACCAAUCAACACCGAAGAGCUAUUGCACCGGAAGCUCCCUUCACUUCUGAUAAAAUAAAAAUAAACACAUCUGUAGUGUACUUUAUGCAAGCUGCUAGUUGUUUAUGGGAAGAAGAGUAUCAGGGUGAGUAUUGUCGUCUGAUUCGAGUCUCAGUGAUUAUUGCAGGUUAUGUACGAUUUCGUUUAAAGUUAAAUUUGGAAGCAAUCCUGGAAAGCAAGGCCAUUCUCCUUCAGAAAAUCUGUUCAGGCCAUCAAAACGAAAGGAUUGCUUUGAGGUUGUGUCAGCCGAUAUUUGUAAAGAAGUUGGAUUGCCGUUUUUUUUUGUUUUUUUCAUUUCAUGCAAUAUUCUUAUCGGGUCUGUGACCCAUAUAGCCGGAAAAUUCGUAACUUGGGCCAGUUGUACCAGUUCAUUAAAACUGCAAAUACAUCCACAGCACGAACCCCGGUUAAGAGCAGCAAACAAACUCUUGACACGUCGGACAAAGCCAGCCCAGCAUGGAGAAAAUUAAAAUCCGUUCGUGUCAAUUCGCGGACAGCAAAGUCACCCUCGAUCGAAGGUUCCACGUUGGCCACUAAAGUCAAAUCAAGAAAGUCUCUCUCCUUUUCUCUUUUGGAGAAGAUUAAAAACCUAAAAGCCUUAUUUAGCCUUAUUUUGACCUCAAAAGAGGUCUAAGAAAAUGCUUUUGCAAACAAAACUAACGAGCUGGGCCCAGCGUGAUACAAUAUCAGGAAAACAUCACAUUCACCGACUAGAAGAAAAUCGCUUAGUUACUCAGAUCCAGCCAACAAUUGAACUAGGUCUCCGUAUUAAGGGGGUGUCCUUAAAGCAGGGUUUGGCUGUAUUGAAAAUUAAAGUAAUUAUAUAAUACAAUUAACUUAUAAUUAUAUAAAAUUAUUUUAUUAUAAUUAUUAUAAUAAUUAUAAUUUUAUGAUAAAAGUGAUAAAAUGAUGAAAAAGAAAAGUGUUCUUAAGCAAACGGAACCCCAAGGAAUUUUUUUCUUUUAAUAUUUCCUUCAGGUUGUGAAAAUGAACAACAAACAAAUAGUUCAAUCGACAUUCUCCGUUGAUAACUUUAUAAGUCUAUGAUCCUUGGAUAAUUAAGGCCCGUCCUCACAUACCUGUUUUUGACGGUAACAGUAAAUGCGCAUGCUCCCGUCAAAGAUGCUACCUUUUUCACUCACUAUUGCGUUUUCGUGCGGAAGCGAAUUCCUUUGAAAGAGAAGAAAAAACGUAACAAAAGAGAUACGCGCAACACGAGGCCCAAAGCAAGGGCCGACCACUGAUUCAUACUAUUCAGACAGGACUUUAAGUUAUUAAUUAUUUUCGCCGAAGCCUUCCCGGUAUGAAUAGGGUUAAAAUCCUUCGCAAUUCGGCCUAAAUGAUUUGGGAAAUGAUCAAGUUUGAAAUAGACAGAUAAGAUCAGGUAAUGGAAGUGAGACAAAAGAAUUACGAAGAUAUGAUUACAGUUCGAAAAGUUAACUUAUAGUCACGAGAAAUAUCUUGCGUUUUGUGCUCUUUUCUGCUGCGCUGCUGUCACUGGUUUAACCCUUCUUUAGAUCGGGAUAAUGAAAACGAAAAUGAUCGUCGUGGAAUUGGUCUUGGCAGCUAGCAUAUACGACCUUUCUGCGUUUUUAUUGACCGAGACAAAGUGGAGGUUAAAAAUAACGCAUGCAGAAAAUAAGGAGGCCAAUAUACAGUCAUUUUUACCAAACAAGCUUGGUCAAUAUAAAAUCUAUUAUAUGGCCAAAAAGAGGACUUUUUCUUGCGCGACUAAAGCGGGAAAUCCCCGAGCGGCUUUGCCCGCUCGGGUAGCCAAACAGAACGUAGGAUUCGCUUCAUUUUGCGCGCUCGCGGAUUUAGGCAUUUUACAAAUAUUUAUACUAACCAUCCGCCAAUGAACAACUGUUAUAACAUACCAUGUAACACCUACCUAAAAAGCUUACUUAGCGUGUGAUAAAUACACAUAUUCCAACAGAAAUGAUUAGUGUAAUUAUAUAAGCACCAGAAAAGGAAUUGAUAACUGUUAAGUGUUUCUGACUCAGAGUCAGGCUGUCCACGCUUGGGAACUGAAGCACUAUAAAUAGGGACCAUUUUCGAUAUAUUAAAAUUCAUACUUGGUUCCGUCAUGCUUGGGGAAAUAAAAUAAAAGAAAUGUUUUAUUCCCCGCAAGCCUCGCAGCCAAGUAUGAAUUUUAAUACUGUAUAUCGGAAUUCGUCUAUUGCUAGUCUCAUAUCCGUUACAGAUCGGCUUGGGAACCAAAGCACUGAGGCAUAACUAAGACUGCAGAGGAACGAUAAUCAAACUGAUUUCAAGACAAGGAUCGGCAAUGUCCAUCAAGGGAUUUAUUUUCAUUUUGCCAACUUUGCUUGUAUUUACAGAAGGUAAGGCUUUGUUUUGUAAAGGGUAAUCUCAAGCGAAAGGCUUAGGAGUGAGUAGGAUGGACGAUAGCGACGACAUCUUUUACCAUUACAAGCACGGACAACAUUAUACAAUUGCUUAAUCAUCUCAUUGUUCACGGGGACAGAGUCUGGUGUGAACAAAAUACAGUGGAACCUCGAUUAAACGAACCUCUAUAUAACGAAGUCCUCGGCCACUAUUAACAAAAGCAAAUUUUAAACUUAAUUCUAUUGUAGAGUUUAGAACACCUUUACCUGGAUAUUUCGCUAUUUUAAAAGUUUUUUGAUAUUUUUGCUGAAAGCAUAUGAGUUAAUUUUCUUGUAGUGCUUGUUACAGUUGUGAGAAUAAACGCCUCCCACUUUUAAACGCCUCUGAUAUAUAACGAAGUCCUCGAUACAACCAAGUACUUUCUUAGAGAGGGCACUUUUAUUGCUGUGUCAUGAUGCAAAAAUAAUUGACUUGAGGAACUGAUUCUAAAUUUAGCACUAUAUUAGGCGCUAUAUUGAUGUUCCACAAUGUUCAUUGCGAUCGGUACUUAAGCGGCAGACAUACGGAAUUUAACUUAUAUAUAACUCCUUGCAUUCACCAUUGUAUACGGUAGGUCUGUAACUAACGAGGGACUACCAUUUCAGCGGCUUGAAAUGUUCGCUGUGUUAAAAAGAGACGACGAUUAAUAAUUGACGAUAAAUUACUCCUUAAUUUUGGCGAGAGAUUUCUGGGUUAAACUUUAAUUUCACGAACGAAAUUUCUGCGGCAACUUCCGCGAAUAACUGAAUACCAAGAUGGCAUCCAGGUUUAAAGAUGAUUUCGAAUGAACUUAAAGUUGUGAACUUUGUUGAAAAUGUAUGUUUAAACUUUUUUAUGCGUGUAGUUCCGAAUGAUAAGAAGGUCACGAUAUAUAUAAUCGGCGAUAGGUAAUAUGGUUCACUGAUCAGGGGAAGGAAAUUAUUCGAAUUUUGACAAAACACAAGUGGAAUUAGUUGCUUAUUCCACUAGUCAUCAUUUCAUUACACGCAUAUUCUACAGGAAGUUGAGAGGAAAAAGUUAUUUUUCGAGAAAAGCAAACGAUAACGACGCCUUGUUUGUUAAUUAUAACCUCGGGGUGGUUAUGUCCAGGGUGGAAUGGAGUCGCGAGGCGGGGCGGGGGGGGGGGGGGGGGGUUAAGAAGGCUCAAAAGCAGGUGAAAAUGGGCAAGUGCUUUUUUAUGCUGUUAUGGUUCAAUAGGUGAGGGUACAAUUUUACUUAAUUUGUCUUUGUCCCAACCUUCUCCCCCCCACCUGUCAUAGAUUAUUAAUAACUUUUCAGGAAACAACGGUGGUCUAAUAUUAAAGAGAGAUAGAGCCUGCUCACGGCAAAUGGCAAACGUCACAUUCAAAUCAAGAAUUUCUCAAAAUAGAAGAUAAGCAGCUGAAAACAGUGCAAACCGAUUCUUAUGGACAAACUAACGAGAAGCUACUAUUAAUUUUGUAAUUGGGAGAAUUAAUUAACAGUAAAAGACAAGUAAAGGGUCACGUGGUACUGAUUUGACGUUGACCCUUUUCCGUAAACGUGACUCUAGAUCUCUUUUGAGCUGUUAACCCAAAUCAAAGAGCUUCGAGGUUUAUGUUUACUUUUAUUACGAAGACCUGUAUUUUCAACCUUAUUUCACAACGUGAUCACUAAAAAUAAUGAUGAAUCUAACCUAUGAAUCUCUGUAUUUUGAUUGAUUGUUGUGUUAUUUUAUUUUACUUUUAUUUUUUUUCAUUUUUUCUGCGGGCCACGUGUGGAUUAUCGAGAGAUAUUAAGUUUUACCCUCAAUAAACAGAGUUUAUUAAACCACUAUCAUUAUUUAUUUUAUUAUUAACCAUUAUUAUUAUUAUUAUUAUUAUUUUUAAGAAUUUGCGCGGGUGCCAGUCAGCUUUAUUUGGUAUGUCUUCUUUUGGAAGCUAUUCGGAUAGGUCAUUAUUUGUAGACUCAGUCAUCUUUUUAAGUGUAAACGGUUACGUAAGUCUUUUAGCACGGCUGUUUCCACCAAAGAAGGAAGUCUGUUAUCCAAACUAUGGCUGUUUUAAACCUCAAAAGCAUUUAAAGCAUCCGCAGAGCCCAUCCCAGGCUGGAGCAGAAUUCAAUCUCUUCACCGAAAAAAAUAUUUUUUGGUCAAAUUUCUGAUCCUCGAAAAUGGAUAAUAGUUCAAUUUUGACAAAAUAUCCCUUUCUGGGGAUAACAAAACCCCAGGUUGAGGCAAAAUUGGUGGUCAAAUUCCCCAGAGAGAGGACAAAAGAAGUUAGUGUUCAAAUGGCACACCUAUGCCAGUAGCCCUCCCCUCUCGCCCCGCCCCCUUUCCGUCUAAACGUAACAUUCACUAUACGUUAUUUUUAGCAUUGCUUUUCCCGAAGGAGGUCUGUUAUCAAAAGUAUGGUUGCUUUAAACCUCAUCCAAACCCUCUGGUAAAGCAACCACAGAGCCCAUCCCAGAUUGGAGUACGAUUCAAUCUCUUUACAAGGGAAAACAGGAAUUCAGCAACGCUCAUUGAUGAUGAAAAUGAAUCUAAGCUCACUGCCUCUCACUUCAUUAUUUCAAGACCACUGACAAUUUUCGUGAUCCACGGUUUUACAGGUAAGAGCGAGAGCCAGGAGACUGAGAAACAAGUCGGUCACAGCCUAAUUACUUUUUUUAGGCUAGUUAUGGUUGUAUUUUUCGUGCUAGAAAUCUCUAAACUAAUCAGAAUCUGAGCAGUGCUUCUGAUUGUUCGUGCAGCGAGAAAAAUUUGCUUCAACCAAUCACAAGCACUACCCAGCUUUGUGAGGUUGCAAGUCAUUAUUAUGGAUUUCUGUAGUCGUUCACAGACGUCUUUCGCGGGGAAACCGGUGCGGCGUCGUCGCGAAACGUUGGCUGUUUUCUUAGGCUAUACAAUAAUGUCAAAACGACAGACAGAUUUUGUGUAGACCUAGAUUUGUAAAAAUCUUUAGAACAGUAAACCGAACGAUCGGACAAAUGCCGCUCUUUACCAUUUAACUUUUUUUUAUAUUCUUCUCACUCUUCAUGGAGCAAGGAUCAGUUCAUUUUUUGCCGCCUAACUAAGUAUAUAAGCUUUAGCCACAGACUUUCGGUGACUGACUCAUAAUUACUGCACAGAAAACAUUAACACCUGGGCCACAGAGAUGAAAAAUGCUCUGCUACGACGCGAAGACUGCAAUGUGAUUUUGGUGGACUGGUCUAAAGGGGCUAAAGGACCGAAUUACCUCCAGGCAGCCGGGAACACACGGCUUGUGGGUGCUCAGACAGCGGAGCUUAUAAGGUUUCUGAUUUCGAGUAGCCCUGGAUCAGUCGGUUCGAUCGAUCGUUUCUACAUUGUGGGGUUCAGUCUUGGAGCUCAAGCAGCGGGAUAUGCUGGAAGCUAUUUGAAGGAUCAGGGAAUGAAACUGGGUCGUAUUACUGGUAAGGACUAACCUAAAAGCAAUUUUUACCAAACUGUUUAUAUUCAUUUGUCGGUUUAUCCAAUACUAAACAGCAAGGUCAAUAUUACAGCCACUUGUCACCUUCUUUAUUUUAUUUUUCCUGGGAGUUCUCCUGAUUUUUCCUAAGGCAUAACUACUAUAAACAGCUGUUGCUGCUAUUACUACCUAGCCACUGCUAAGUUUUGCUACCACUUCCAUUAACAUUACCACCACCAUUAUCACUACCACUACCAUUAUCACCACCAUUAUCACUUUCACUGCCACUACCAUUACCACCACCAUUUUCACUAUCAUUGCCACUACCACUAACACUACCACUACCACUACCACUACCACUACCGCUACCACCACCAUUAUCACUAUCAAUGCCACUACCAGUAUCACUUACCACUACCAAUACCACCACCAUUAUCACUACCACUACCACUGCCAAUAACACUAUAUCACUACCAUUACCAUUACCACCACCAUUAUCGCUACCACCACCAAUACCACUAGCACUAACAUUACCACCACGAGAUUAUCACUAUCACUGCCACUACCACUAACGCUACAUUACCACCAUUAUUACCACUACCACUACCAUUAGCACCACCAUUACCACCACCACCACUACCGCUACCACCAGCAUUACCGUCACCACUACCACUUUCACAACCGACUACCACUACCAUUACCAACACCAUUACCACUAUCACAGCCACUAUGACUAUCAUAACCACCACUAUUUUUAGUACCACCACCGCUACCACUGCGUUCACCAUUACUACUUCCACUAUCAGUUCCACAACUUUGCUCCUGUUCUUAUCAACUUGACUGUUAUAUUAUUCUUUUCUGGUGGGAUGACAGGUUUGGAUCCUGCUGGUCCUAAGUUUACAAACGAGGAAAAAGACUUUCGACUUGAUGAAAGUGACGCCAGCUAUGUCGACGUGAUUCACACCAAUGCAGGAUUUUUGGGAACAAACCAGAGGGUUGGAGACAUCGACUUUUAUCCAAAUGGUGGCAAACAUCAGCCCGGAUGUCUAGUCAAUGGUAGGUUAAAAAAGGGAAUUUUCAAAAUUUUACAUGAGUUGUCUUCGAGGUGCUCCAAUUUAAGCUUUUAUUUUAAAGCGACACUGAAAAUGGCACUUUCUUGUCAUGCAAAUGAAUCUCAUUUAUUUCACAAGAAAGGUUUUGCUCUUGCAUUUUCGUGGAUAGCGAGGGGUUAUUGAACUCGCAAAUAGCAUAUGCUGUAUAAUAGAUUAAUUAAAAUCUUAUGUGAAAUCUAUGUUUCUUUGAUUUUGCCGGUUUUCCCCCUUAAAUCGUCCUUUAUACACGAAAAAGCACCGCGAGGGCGCUUAUUGAAUUUUUUUGGCUUCUCGGCUUCUUCGGGGUGGCUGUCACAUAAAUCUUUCAUUUUGGAAAUAUCACUACUGUUCUUCAUUUCCUUAGAAAAUUUUUUAAAAUUUUAUUUUAUCCUUUGCUCUUCCUAAAGCUUCUUAAGAAAGAUGUGAACCGCGAAAGAAACCUCAACUAAGUCAUGUAAACUUUUUCUUAAAAAAGACAACAAUACACCCAUCUUUAUUGUUUAUGAAGUGAAUUUAGGCCAAGCAUACAUAUUUUGCAUUCGAUCUUCAGAAUUUACUUUCCUACUUAUUUCAAAUUUCAGAUGAUCAUCGCAUUUAUAGACGCAACUGUAGUAGUUGCGUAAAGAGAGCCUGAAAAAAUUCAGAUCAUAUGAAAUUAAAGGUUCGAAUCCCGUACAACCCUGAAUAUUUUCAGGCUUCAUCGCAAUUAAAAAAAAAACGGCAAAAAUGCUUGUAAAAUUCUAGGUACUAGUGUUUUUCUUAUUGUUCACCCCGCAGUUCCUAUAUAAGAUUUUAAUUAGCUAGCUAGUUACUUAGUUAUUUCGUUAGUCAGUUUCGUUAGUCGGAUGUACACGCAAAUUCAUACCCCCCCGGUGGUACAAAGGGGGGGGGGGUAUGGAACCCCUCCCAGGAGAUUUUGACAUGUUGCAGUAUUGUAAAACGAUUUUACCUUUUGUGGAAAGCCUUUGAUCUUCUUAACAAGAUGAGGUAUAUUUUAGGGGUGGUGGCGCUGCUGGAGGCCUGUGACGUCAUCAACAAUGGUCGCCAUCUUAAAACCGCGAGAAAUGGUAUUUUUUUGUGCUUUACAUGAAAAAUAACACAUAAAUAAGCACUUUGUAUGAUUUUAGCCACAAGGUUUACUUUUAUUGUUGAAAGAAGUGGAAACAACAUGUAUUUUCAUCCAAAAUUGGCUUGAACGCCUGCUACUUAUGACGUCACAGCUCGUAACCAUAGCAACUGACCAUCACUAAACUUGUCUCAAAAUGUGUGCGAGGGAUAAAUAAACAGCUACUAAAAACGUCAACUACUGAUGUUUUAUCCUCUAGGAAAAACUCAGAAAAACCUUGUGCCCUCCCCCCUUAGACGUCCGAGGGUUAAUAGACAAGUCAAUUAGCUUGUUAGUUAGUUAGUUAGUAAGAUACUUAGAUGGAUAGUUACUUACUUACUUACUUACUUACUUACGUUCUCAAAACAUAAAAGUGGCAAAAACAGUGAAAAUAAAAAAAAAGCGCCGCAUUGUUGCUGGGAAGAUGGGGUUUUUAUUUGAGGGAGGUGCUCUUUCGAGUAAUCACAGUAUUUUUCUUAUUUUCUUUUCAAUUCUUUCAGUCGUAUGUAGCCACAUAAGAGCGACGCAGUAUUUCAUUGCCUCCGUGAAGGGAUCGUGUUCAUGGACCGCAAUUCCAUGCGAUGACUACCAGUCCUUCAAGCAAAAGAAAUGUUCAGCGUCGGCGUGUAAUGGUACAUGUCCUAGCAUGGGUUUCGAAGCUGACAGCCCUAAAGGCGAAGGAAAGUUCUACCUAAGUACAGACGAGAAGGAUCCAUUCUGCGGUAAGUUUUUUCCCCAAAAAAAAUAA